AUGAAAGGAGAUGGACCUUCCUUUGUUUUUAUUGUUAGAACAGACCAAGAUAGUAAGUCUUACAACACUUUUUUUUCUAUUCUUAUUACUAUUGCAAUCAGCUUUUGCAGGGGUAGCAAUUGUUCUGCAACAAAAUAGGAAAAAAAAAUGUAAAAUUCGGCAAGUAUUAUGGAUGGAAGACCACAAAACGUUCGUGGACGUAACACCAGUUCAACCAGCAUUUCAGUAUCGUGGGACGAAGUGCAAGCUGAGUUACAGAACGGUAUUAUUACUAGUUACAAUAUAACGUACCAGUCACUGACAGAGAAUGACAAUGGAUUUGUACAAGCUAGUCUGAAUGAUCGUCAGGCCAACCUCACAGGGCUGAAGGAGUUUGUUGAGUACAGUAUUUCAGUGGUUGCAUUUACAGUGAAAGGAGAUGGACCUCCCUUUGUUUUUAUUGUUAGAACAGACCAAGAUAGUAAGUCUUACAACACUUUUUUUUCUAUUCUUAUUACUAUUGCAAUCAGUGUCAGCGUUUGUUUACUUGUUUGUUUUUUUGUUCGGGUUAGUAUAGCAACGCUCAGGCUGAUUUCAUGAUCUCGUCUAUCGAUGUUUAUGUGCUAACCCUAACCUUUCUUGGAAUACAAUCAAUCGAACACACUCCUACGUGUAUUUCAAGGCUCUAUUUCUGAAUAAAAUAGCAGCCGCAUCGUCCAUUAAAGGAUGCGCUUUUGCAGGGGUAGGAAUUGUUCAGCAACAAAAUAGAAAAAAAAAAUUAAAAUUCGGCAAGUAUUAUAAUGUGCCACUUGCUUGCUUGUUCUUUACUUUAGUACCAAGAUUAGCUUUAUACUUGUUUAUCAGAACCGGACGGAAAACCACAAAACGUUCGUGGGCGUAACACCAGUUCAACCAGCAUUUCAGUAUCGUGGGAUGAAGUGCAAGCUGAUCUACAGAAUGGUGUUAUUACUGGUUACAAUAUAACGUACCAGACACUGACAGAGAAUGACAAUGGAUUUGUAACAGCUGGUCCUAAUGAUCGUCAGGCCAACCUCACAGGGUUGAAGGAGUUUGUUGAGUACAGUAUUUCAGUGGUUGCAUUUACAGUGAAAGGAGAUGGACCUACCUUUGUUUUUAUUGUUAGAACAGACCAAGAUAGUAAGUCUUACAACACUUUUUGUUAUUAUUAUUAUUGCUAUUGCAAUCAUUGUCAGCGUUUGUUUGUUUGUUUUUCGGGUUAGUAUAGCGGCGCUCAGGCUGAUGUCAUGAUCUCAUCUAUCGAUGUUUAUCUGCUAACCCUAACCUUUCUUGGAAUACGAUCAAUCGAACGCACUAUUACGUGUAUUUCAUGGCUCUAUUUCUGAAUAAAAGAGCAGCCGCAUCGUCCAUUAAAGGAUGCGCUUUUGCAGGGGUAGCAAUUGUUCAGCAACAAAAUAGAAAAAAAAACAAUGUAAAAUUGGGCAAAUAUUAUAAUGUGCCACUUGCUUGCUUGUUCUUUACUUUAGUACCAAGAUUAACUUUGUACUUGUUUAUCAGAACCGGAUGGAAAACCACAAAACGUUCGUGGGCGUAACACCAGUUCAACUAGCAUUGCAGUAUCGUGGGAUGAAGUGCAAGCUGAUCUACAGAAUGGUGUUAUUACUGGUUACAAUAUAACGUACCAGUCACUGACAGAGAAUGACUAUGGAUUUGUAACAGCUGGUCCUAAUGAUCGUCAGGCCAACCUCACAGGGUUGAAGGAGUUUGUUGAGUACAAUAUUUCAGUGGCUGCAUUUACAGUGAAAGGAGAUGGACCUCCCUUUGUUUUUAUUGUUAGAACAGACCAAGAUAGUAAGUCUUACAACACUUUAUUAUUAUUAUUAUUAUUAUUAUUAUUAUUAUUAUUAUUAUUAUUAUUAUUAUUAUUAUUAUUAUUAUAAUUAUAAUUAUCGUUGAUAUUGCAAUCAGUGUCAGCGUUUGUUUAUUUGUUUGCUUUGUUUUUCGGGUUAAUUAGUAUAGCGACGCUUAGGCUGAUGUCGUGAUCCCAUCUAUCGAUGUUUAUGUGCUAACCCUAACCUUUUUUGGAAUACGAUCAAUCGAAUGCACUCUUACAUGUAUUUGAAGGCUCUAUUUCUGAAUAAAAGAGCAGCCGCAUCGUCCAUUAAAGGAUGCGCUUUUGUAGGGGUAGGAAUUGUUCAGCAACAAAAUAGAAAAAAAAACAGUGUAAAAUUUGGCAAAUAUUAAAAUGUGCAUCUAACUUGCUUGUUCUUUACUUUAGUACCAAGAUUAACUUUAUACUUGUUGAUCAGAACCCGAUGGAAAACCACAAAACGUUCGUGGACGUAACACCAGUUCUACCAGCAUUUCCGUAUCUUGGGACGAAGUGCAAGCUGAGUUACAGAAUGGUAUUAUUACUGGUUACAAUAUAACGUACCAGUCACUAGCAGAGAAUGUCAAUGGAUUUGUAACAGCUGGUCCUAAUGAUCGUCAAGGCAACCUAACAGGGCUGAAGGAGUUUGUUGAGUACAAUAUUUCAGUGGUUGCAUUUACAGUGAAAGGAGAUGGACCUCCCUUUGUUUUUAUUGUUAGAACAGACCAAAAUAGUAAGUCUUACAACACUUUUGUUGAUUAUUAUUAUUAUUACAGGGCUUUCGGAAUUAUGCGCGGGUGCGAAAUCGCAUAAUUUGGCUCUGAGCGCAUAAUUCGCCUAAUUCCAAAAAAAGUGUAUAAUGGCGCAUAAUUUUCAAAAAUUUUGAAAAAUCUAAAAUAAGCUAUGUUUUUUUCAUACCUUGAGAGAUGUAUGGAAAUUUUUUUUCCCUUAAAUAUAGUACAUUUUCGUAACAAAUAGCCACCACUUCAUUGCAAAAAGCGUUCACAAAUAUCGCAAGUCAACAAGACAUUCCCGGCGUUCCAUGCAGCUGGUCGUUGAGGCCUGUGCUCUAGUUUUUCAGAUAACAUGUGCCAUUAUUGAAAGAAAUAUAACCAAUCACAGCUUGGAAAAGAACAAAAAAAUGCGGUGCUUCGAUUUAUUUGGCGGCAAAACAACUUUUUUUCCCGUGUUUUCUUAUUGAAAAUGGAUAAGUUUAUAUUAAAAACUGAUAAAACCAAAGAAAAAGCCAUGAAGCAUUACACUACAAGAGCGGGAUAAGCAAUAUCUCGGGAAGUUCCAUGCAGAUAACAAUCUCCUAUUUUGUUCAACUUAUAAUGUUGUUGUGGAUCACCACCGAAAGUCAGUUCUUGACAAGCACCUUUCAGCUGUUUCACACCUUAAGCAAAUGGAUGAAUCCUCUUCGAAGCGAGCGAAACAACAAACAUUAAAGACUUCAUUCAAGUGCAAAACUCCAGCUCACGAAAAAAGGUAAGUCUGCCAUGAGUGGAUAAGGGCCUGUGCUCUUGCAAACAUACCGCUAAACAAAUCAGAAAACCCACAAUGUGUGAAUUUCUUCUCUCCCGUGUAGUCAAUGGUGGCGCAAUCCAUAGGGGCACACAGCUUGGGGACCACUUAUUAGAUGUUUAUUAGAUGUUUAUUAGAUGUUUCUGCUUCAUUUACAAGCUUACUAAAUUGAAACAUUAAGAAGUUUUGCUUAAAGAUGUUGUGCAAUUCGCAUAAUUCGCCCAUAAUUCAGGAUUUUUGGCGCAUAAUUCGCCAAAAAGUAGCGCAUAAUUUGCUGAAAAAAAAAGCAUAAUUCCAGAAGCCCUGUUAUUAUUGCUGUUGGAAUCAGUGUCAGCGUUUGUUCAGCUGUUUGUUUGUUUUUUUUCGGGUUAAUUAGUAUAGCAACGCUCAGGCUGAUGUCAUAAUCUCAUCUAUCGAUGUUUAUGUGCUAACCCUAAACUUUUUUGGAAUACGAUUAAUCGAACGCACUCUUACAUGUAUUUCAAGGCUCUAUUUCUGAAUAAAAUAGAAGCAGUUUCGGCCAUAAAAUGAUGCACUUUUACGGGGGUAGCAAUUGUUCAGUAAACAAAAUAGAAAAAACAAAUUUAAAAUCCGGCAAAUAAUAUAGUGUGCCUCUCACUUGCUUGUUCUUUACUUUAGUACCAAGAUUAACUUUAUACUUGUUUAUCAGAACCUGAUGGAAAACCACAAAACGUUCGUGGACGUAACACCAGUUCUACCAGCAUUUCCGUAUCGUGGGAACAAGUGCAAGCUGAUCUACAGAAUGGUAUUAUUACUGGUUACAAUAUAACGUACCAGUCACUGACAGAGAAUGACAACGGAUUUGUAACAGCUCGUCCUAAUGAUCGUCAGGCCAACCUAACAGGACUGAAGGAGUUUGUUGAGUACAAUAUUUCAGUGGUUGCAUUUACAGUGAAAGGAGGUGGACCUCCCUUUGUUUUUAUUGCUAGAACAGACCAAGAUAGUAAGUCUCACAACACUUUUUGUUAUUACUAUAAUUGCUAUUGCAAUCAGUGUCAGCGUUUGUUCUUUUGUUUGUUUGUUUUUCGAGUUAGUAUAGCGACGAUCAGGCUGAUGUCAUGAUCUCAUCUAUCGAUGCUUAUGUGCUAACCCUAACCUUUCUUGGAAUACGAUCAAUCGAACGCAUUCUUACAUGUAUUUCAAGGCUCUAUUUCUGAAAAAAAGAGCAGCCGCAUCGGCCAUAAAAGGAUGCGCUUUUGCAGGGAUAGCAAUUGUUCAGUAACAAAAUAGAAAAAAAAAAAACAAUAUAAAAUUCGGCAAAUAUUAUAAUGUACCUCUUGCUUGCUUGUUCUGUACUUUAGUACCAAGAUUAACUUUAUACUUGUUUAUCAGAACCGGAUGGAAAACCACAAAACGUUCAUGGACGUAACACCAGUUCAACCAGCAUUUUCGUAUCUUGGGAAGACGUGCAAGCUGAGUUACAGAAUGGUAUUAUUACUGGUUACAAUAUAACGUACCAGUCACUGACAGAGAAUGACAAUGGAUUUGUAACAGCUAGUCCUAAUGAUCUUCAGGCCAACGUAACAGAACUGAAGGAGUUUGUUGAUUACAAUAUUUCAGUGGUUGCAUUUACAGUGAAAGGAGAUGGGCCUCCCUUUGUUUUUAUUGUUAGAACAGACCAAGAUAGUAAGUCUUACAACACUUUUUUAUUAUUAUUGAUAUGGAAAUCAGUUUCAACGUUUGUUUAUUUGUUCGUUUUUUUUUUUUCGGGUUAGUAUAGCGACGCUCAGGCUGAUGUCAUGAUCUCAUCUAUCGAUGUUUAUGUGCUAACCCUAACCUUUUUUUAAAAACGAUCAAUCGAACGCACUCUUAAGUGUAUUUCAAGGCUCUAUUUCUGAAUAAAAUAGCAGCAGCAUCGGCCAUAAAAGGAUGCGCUUUUGCAGGGAUAGCAAUUGUUCAGUAAACAAAAUAGAAAAAAAAAAUGUAAAAUUGGGCAAUAUUAUAAUGUGCCUCUUGCUUCGUUGUUCUUUACCUCAGUACCAAGAUUAACUUUAUACUUGAUUAUCAGAACCGGAUGGAAAACCACAAAACGUCAGUGGACGUAACACCAGUUCUACCAGCAUUUCAGUAUCGUGGGAAGAAGUACAAGCUGAGUUACAGAAUGGUAUUAUUACUGGUUACAAUAUAACGUACCACUCACUGACAGAGAAUGACAACGGAUUUGUAACAGCUCGUCCUAAUGAUCGUCAGGCUAACCUAACAGAACUGAAAAAGUUUGUUGAGUACAAUAUUUCAGUGGCUGCAUUUACAGUGAAAGGAGAUGGGCCUUCCUUUGUUUUUAUUGUUAGAACAGACCAAGAUAGUAAGUCUUACAACACUUUUUAUUAUUAUUAGUGCUAUUGCAUUCAGUGUCAGCGUUUGUUUGCUUGUUUGUUUGUUUCUUCGGGUUAAUUGGUAUAGCGAUGCUCAGGCUGAUGUCAUGAUCUCAUCUAUCGAUGUUUAUGUGCUAACAGUAACCACAUUUUUAAGUAUGAUCGUCGCAGUUGUAGUAGCAGUGAAAGCACUAGACCAUUUAAUCAGUCCGAGUUGCCCUCAGCCUCUCUUUCAAAGCGGGGUUAAGCGCAAAGCCAUUGAUAUUAAAAAAUAUAUAUAUUUUUUUUAUCUUUACGCAAAUUUAACUGAUGAUUUUAACUGAGCCUCGUUUUGAAAACAAGAGUUUUUGGUACUCGGAAAUGGCCUAUCAAAAAUUUCAGCACAACUACGUUGGACUUUGAAACUAAAGAGAAAUUAGCUAGUCUGUUGCGCCGUCUUCGGAUGACCGUGAACUCUUUCGCCAUUUUUGUUUUUUUUUUUUGGCUGCUAAUUUACUCAAGAACAGCUAAGCUGCUGCGUUGCUAGCUGGAAACGAGGUUUUCAUUCAUUGCAUAUUUGUGCAAUAUUAUGUUGGCAACUUUCAAAUAUGGGCAACGCCAGCUGGUCGUUAUGAUGAAUUAGCGAAGGGAUUGGAGCGAAUCAGAAACGGUAGAAUAUUUUGAAUAAAUAAUAAUUUUCAAUAACUGGUCGAUAAUUUGGUAGUAGUUGCCCAUAAAAAACUAUCUUAAAUGAUAAAGUCUAUAUACUUGAGUAUCAGAAUCACUGUCAUCUUGUUUAUCAGAGCCAGAUGGUGCACCGCAAAAUGUUAGUGGAGGUAACACCAGUUCCACCAGCAUUUCAGUGUCAUGGGAAGCAGUGCGGGCUGAUCUACAGAAUGGUAUCAUUACUGGUUACAAUAUAACGUACCACUCACUGACAGAGAAUGACAAUGGAUUUGUACAAGCUGGUCCUAAUGAUCGUCAGGCCAACCUAACAGAACUGAAGGAGUUUGUUGAAUAUAAUAUUUCAGUGGUUGCAUUUACAGUGAAAGGAGAUGGAUCUCCCUUUGUUUUUAUUGUAAGAACAGACCAAGAUAGUAAGUCUUACAACACUUUUACUAUUAUUAUUAUUAUUAUUAUUAUUAUUAUUAUUAUUAUUAUUAUUAUUAUUAUGAAGAUGAUGAGGCAAUCACGUUCUGAAAUUUUACCAUUUUUAUAUCAAACUUUGCUCUCCUUUUUUUAUCAAGAUUGAAAUAAUAAAAAAAAGGUUGAUGAUGCCAACAGCGAGGUAAACUGUCGAUUAAAGGCCGUUGUAUUGAAUACGCAACCUUGGAGAGAUAUGGUGGUUCUUGUACUUUAUAAUUAGUACUUGCACGACUAACCGCCUUGAGAAUGCAUGUUUGUUUUCUCAACAGAGCCUAACGCCCCUCCAUCUAAUGUCAAGUUGAGCAUUCGUAGUUCUACCAGUAUUAUGGUUGAGUGGGGCUAUGUUCCCUCAGCUGAUCAAAAUGGCAUUAUACUGAGUUAUACUGUAACCUACUGGGCGCUUCCUGGUGGCAGUCUGCAAAUCAAGUUAGUCAAGGCCCCAACAUCUAAAGCAACACUGACGGGUCUUAAUGAGCUUACCAACUACAGCGUUACAGUUUUUGCCUCUACUGUCAAAGGAGAUGGAAAUGUCAGUGAAUCUCUCACUAUUCGAACUGAUGAAGACGGUAGGUUUUCCAAGUGAUUUUUCCAUCGAUAGCCGAAAUACGAAUUACGAUUGCUAUUUUACAAAGGCUUCUUUUCCACUGAGGGUGGCAGAUUCGAGAUCUUUUCUUCCCUCGCCCAUUUUGUUGUUGUUGUUGUUUUCUGAGGCACAAAUCUUUAACUGCCUAGGAAGUAGCUAAAUGACAUAUUCUUAUGUUAAAUUCGAUAUCCUAAAACAGUGAUUUUCUUGCAAAAUAAAGCUGCUGUAACAAAAUUUUUUACCAAACGCACUUUUCAAAGAAAUGAAUAUUGGAAACAUUUUUUCUUUAAUAUCUUGAAUUUUACUUCUUGUUAGCUUUAUCUUUGGUCCUUCGUAAGUGUUUUUAACUGAUAAACAAAAAAGAAAUCCAUAGAAAUGAAGGCAUAAUAUGUUCUUGAAACAGACAUGGAAUUUCCCAAGUACCUUAGGUAGAUAAAACAGAAGUAAGUUUAGAGAGAUGACACAUAAGGGAACAUGGAAAUUUCCAUGUACCUUUACGGAGAUAACACAUAAGGGAACAUGGAAAUUUCCAUGUACCUUUACGGAGAGAACACAUAAGGGAACAUGGAAAUUUCCAUGUACUUUUAAGGAGAUAACACAUAAGGGAACAUGGAAAUUUCCAUGUACCUUUAAAGAGAUAACACAUAAGGGAACAUGGAAAUCUCCAUGUACCUUUACGGAGAUAACACAUAAGGGAACAUGGAAAUUUCCAUGUACCUUUACGGAGAUAACACAUAAGGGAACAUGGAAAUUUCCAUGUACCUUUACGGAGAUAACACAUAAGGGAACAUGGAAAUUUCCAUGUACUUUUAAGGAGAUAACACAUAAGGGAACAUGGAAAUUUCCAUGUACCUUUAAAGAGAUAACACAUAAGGAACAUGGAAAUCUCCAUGUACCUUUAAAGAGAUAACACAUAAGGGAACAUGGAAAUCUCCAUGUACCUUUACGGAGAUAACACAUAAGGGAACAUGGAAAUUUCCAUGUACCUUUACGGAGAUAACACAUAAGGGAACAUGGAAAUUUCCAUGUACCUUUACGGAGAUAACACAUAAGGGAACAUGGAAAUUUCCAUGUACUUUUAAGGAGAUAACACAUAAGGGAACAUGGAAAUUUCCAUGUACCUUUAAAGAGAUAACACAUAAGGGAACAUGGAAAUCUCCAUGUACCUUUAAAGAGAUAACACAUAAGGGAACAUGGAAAUCUCCAUGUACCUUUACGGAGAUAACACAUAAGGGAACAUGGAAAUUUCCAUGUACCUUUACGGAGAUAACACAUAAGGGAACAUGGAAAUUUCCAUGUACCUUUACGGAGAUAACACAUAAGGGAACAUGGAAAUUUCCAUGUACUUUUAAGGAGAUAACACAUAAGGGAACGUGGAAAUUUCCAUGUACCUUUAAAGAGAUAACACAUAAGGGAACAUGGAAAUUUCCAUGCACCUUUAGGGAGAUAACAUGAAAGCUAAAAAAAGGAUGGCAGUAUCCCCUUGACUAAAAAAAUCUUCUUAGUAUUCACCAAAUCAGUGGAUAGCAAUUAAUUUUCGCGCGUUCUGAUUGGCCCCCGUAACUCGGAAUAUCCGUUGAUAUUCACUGUUUUGGGACAGGAUUCAAAAUGGUUUAUCGUUUCGCGACAGUUUCAAAAGAUGAAUUUUGGCGAUAAAUAAAGCAGCCGCACCAACAAAUACCAAGAAAGAGACAAAAUUUGGCUUGCGGGUGUUUACUGGUCAGAAGAAAAAAAUUCUCUCACUGAAUUUGCACCAAAAUCAUAAAAAAUGAUCCCCGAAACACUGUCAAUUGAAACGAUAAACAAACCCUAAGUGACGUUUUUUAUUAACAAAAAGGCCCUUCUCGAUUUUAUCCAACUGAUUUGGUAAAUACUAAGACAAGUUUCCCCCUCAGGGUUGGUUCAUAGCGCUAGAUAUAUACCUCCAGUAUUCACCUCCCUUUCGGGGGAUAGUUGUAUAAUAUCCCGAUUUUGCCGUGGAACGGGCAAAUGAAGACGGGAACUUAAAAUUGAUCGAGGUGAGCAUGUUUAGCUUUGUUUUAGCAACUAUGGAUUAUUUUUUGUGAAUGAUAACUAUUGGAUUCGGCUUUCGUAUAUCAUGUUCGAUCUGCGGCAUUAUUCUUCAGACCAUACUCAACCUCACUGAAUAAUUGCUACUAUUAUUGAUUCAAAAUAUUCCGCCGUUUCUGAUUGCUUCAAAUCCUCUGGAUAAUUCUUUAUAACCAGCUGGCUUUGGCCAAAUACCAUCGAUAUCGUAUAUUGCCUAGGCUGCCUCGUUUCAAGGCAAAUAUCGCAUUGAUCAACCUCCAGGCGCGGCAGCCUAGCUGCAUGUUUAUUCCCGAGUGAACUUUAAAAAAUAAAAAUAAAAACACAAAACAAAACAAAUAUGGCGUCCGCGGGUGGCUGACGACGAAGUAGCUGACUUUCUGGCUAAAACUGAACGGAAGAAUUCAAGAAUUUGCAAAACAUAUUGCUCGAUGGAUGUUGUCUACCAUUGAGGAGAAUUUGUAAGGAAAGAAAACAUCUUUUUAUAUCCUGUAACCGUGACAAAACUUUGAAGAAAGUCUAUGAGGAGGUAGCUUUGUUUAGAACUUAGAAAUAAUAUGAAUGAAUAAUAGCAUAAUUGCCGAAUUUGGCUUUCGUAUAAUGAGAAGAAUUUGGCAGAUAUAUUGAGAAGUGCGUUUCAAACCGAGGCCGAACAUAUCAUACUCCGCCUCAUUCGAUAAUUGUUAUAUAAUCAAGGGGCAACUAAUUCAAAACUUGGGGGUUUUUCUUUGCAGGGCCUUCUAAAUCUCCGACAAUAACCAGCGUGACAGUAUUAAACAGCACCAGUGUUUUAUUGAAAUGAGAACCUGUUCCUAGUACAUCGUCCCAGAAUGGCAUUAUCAGACGUUACACCAUACACUUCAGAGACGAGGAAAAGAAAGAAAAUAGCUCACUGAGCGUCGAAGCACCCGCUAUAAAUGCAACUGUUAAUGGACUGAGGCAGAAGGCAGAAUAUUUGUUUUGGAUUGUGGUAGCAGCGAUUUCCGCCACUUUGCAAGAGAGUUUUGUUCGUAGUAAAUACGCCUAGUGUUUCUCAGUUUUUAUUAUAUUGAAUGAGAAUUAUUUGCUGUAUUGAUAAAGAUUUUGUUCGACAACUGUAGGCAUUUUUUUCGUCGUUCUGUAAUUCAUGUGCCUGUGAAAUGUCCCCGGGGUGAGCGCAUUUGAUCACCCGAAUGGACCCUAGUGUGGGGCAUUUGAACGGGAUUUUGGCUUGGGGAGGGGGGAAUUUGAACACAAAUUUUCAAAAAAGUCAAAUGCCCGGGGGUUGCCCGGGGGGAUGUUGAAGCUUCGAUUUGACCGAUACAUUAAAUACUUAAAAUGUGACUCAAAGUUGAACGAUCCUCUUUUCAAUUCAUGAAUCUUUAAAAUUUACUACGAACUAAACGAAAAGAAAACUGAACUUUCUAAGGCUCUCCCUUUUCAAAAUUCACCUAUACGUUGGCGUUAACUAGAUUUUCCCGCCUUCGCUUGCAUCAGGAAAAUCUCGCAUCGAGCUUAGGAAGGCAAACAGAUCAAUAAACACUCGGAAAGUUUCGUUUGUAUUGUAACCUUAUUUUCUUCCCGAAAAUUACAUCACAAAGUAAAACCGGCCGGACCAAGGACCACAUACUGUAUCUUAGCAGAAAACGAUCGUUAGUGUAGAAAAAAUGUUGAACGUCAUAAGGCAAUUUUCGUAAUAGGCAAUUUUCGAGUUUCGAAAACCCUCACUCACAAAAUGAGGCUCUACAACAAUUGCUCGGGAGAACUCAGAAAUGGCAUAUUCCUCGCGCCGCAUUGUCGACGUAAAUUUAGAUACGCAAAAUUAAAAUAUAACUCAUCAAAGAAACAUGAUUAUGCAGUGAAGCUUGUUAUUCAGAAUGUUAUCAACAUUUUUUUUUGAUGGCCUCUACUUGAGUGCGUAUGAAGAAAAAUUGAUUAAUUCUACACUUUUAAGUAAAUUGUUUUUGUUUGUUUGUUUUAGCCGUGCCGACAAAAUCGCCGCCUCAGGAUGAUGCCAGUGGAACAAAUGAAGUUAAAGUGCCGUUUGUAAACAAGGAAACUUUAAGCGAUGGCAAGCCAGUUAAGUAAGUCCGCUAAUUAUGUACUUUGCUUUACUCCAGAGCUGAUCCAUCCCGUUUCGUUUUAUUAAUUCAAGGUCUUGUGGUCUAUACCCUGCAUUAAGUGGUUUUUAAUAUAGUUGAGAAGCCCAAAAAGGAAAACGUCUACUUGUGCAAAUUAUGAGCCGUUAAAUAGAAUUUCUGCAGUCGUUUCUCAAACGUCAUUUCGUGGUGGCUUUUACGGUUAUCGGCAGGCUAAAAUUUUGGCUCUUUUACGGCUACCGAUUAUUUUUUUUUUUCAGUUACGGUUAACAAAAAAGUUAAAAAUUAAUUUCUUUUGUUUCAAAGAGUUAAAUAUUAAUAAACCUCUGUUUUUGUAUCUUUAAAGCAAAAUAAAGAUCUCAGGAUCAUCUCGGGAUGAAUUUAGAGAAAAUGUAAGGGCUGUCUUUCCCCAGGGACAAAGCAAAGUGUCCUUAAGGGACGGACCAUUAGAAAAGUGAUGGGGGGGGACAAAAAAAAUUCAUGCAAUGAAGAAGUUAAAGAAAAAAAAUUCAUGCAGAAGGAAGGUCCAAUUGUGACUUUUUCAGAAAGUCUGAGUUUCAGAAAUCAACAAUAUUACCAGGCACAAUAUGAAUAAACAAAAAUCACUUUCUCUUAUUGAAAGGAGACAAUUAGUACCUUGUUUUUGUUUUACAUUGCUAGUGUACCUACAACAUACACUGUAUACUGUAUUAUAAUAAAACUAAUAAAAUAAAAUAAAAUUUGUAAUAAAUAAAUAUUAGAAUUUAGUAGCUUUAUAAAUAUUCUAUAAAAUUAUUUGUGCCUACAAUAAAAAUUAGAGGAUGGGUCUUAUAAUACAAUGAAAAAGUGCAUUCACACGUAGUAGUAGUAAGUGUUAAAACUUUAACUGUUACCAACAUUAACUAGUCAACAACAUAAACAGCGACACUGCCACUGUAACUUUUAACAAAAAUUAAGAACCACAAAGUAUGGGUUUCAUUGGCAGCCAGACUAUCUGCAACAUACUUUGUAUAUUGCAUUAUAAUGAAUAUCAUAAAAACAUUUAAUUAUCCAGAAUAACUACUUAUCACCCAAUAAUUACUAUAAAGCCAAAAUAAUGAGUGCAACUGUAUAUUGUAUUGUAUUAGUCUUCAAUUUCAUCCUCGGUAGACCACUCAUCUAUGACUGAUCUCUCUUCUUCCUCCUUGUUUGGUUCUUUCUCACUGCAAGUUGGUACAUGUACUUGUUCUUUGCCCUUUUUUGCUUUCCUUUUUACUUCCUUCUGUGCAUAUUUCCUCUUCUUUUUCCAUUUGCACUGUUGCUUAGCAACACUACUACCAAAUCUCUUCAGUCACAUUCACGGACAACAAGAAAAUCGCUUAUAAUUAUUCAGAUCCAGGAGGCACUUUGGAGAAAUUAAGCAAACUAAAAUCCUUAAUUAGCCGCAAUGAAGAACUUUAUAUUUCAAAAGAGUUCAAAGACAAAAUGCUGUUGCAUCAGAGGGCAAAUCAUGCCGACCAGAAACAAUGACCGCAGAAAAUCCUUCAUCAGCAAAUGAGGUCAAAGCUGUUGUAGUUGAGAAACCCUUCCGGAAACCAAACUGCUUGUUGGACAAUAAAUUAUUGGUAAUCAAGUACUGAUACAACUGCAAGUGUACCGCUCUCUCCAAAAUCUUGCUCAGUGUAGGGAGGAUUUAGAUGGGGCGGUAGUUGGAAACGUUGGUCCUGUCACCUGACUUAAACAAUGCCGUGAUUUUCGCGCAUUUCCACAAUUUGGGAAAUUGACUAGUGCGAAUUGAAAGAUUCAAAAGUUUAACAACAGAUGGUGCAAUUGUGUGAGCUGAGAUUUUAAGAAGUCUCGCGCUAAUUUUGUCAAGACCAAUCGCUUUGUUUGCUUUCAAUGACAAAAGCUGCUCAAGCACAAAUGAUUGAUCCAAUUCAGUCAACUCGAACUGGAAAAGCGGGUGUUUUGAAAUGGAAUUUAAAUUCAAGACGGAAGUCUGUAUUGUACUUGCUAGAAUUCGGCCAAUGGAAGCAAAGAAGCUAUUCAUUGAAGAAGCAAUGGAUUGGGAUGUUAUAUGCUAAACACCAUCAGAGAUAAUACACUGAAUACUCUCUGAAGAUGAGUUCCGAUUGCAUGCUUCGUUCACUGCUUUCCACACCUUACAUGGAACAAGGAAAGCUUUGCGGGGCCAUGUUCAUCGAUCUAACCAAGGCAUUUGACACGGUAGACCAUCAAAUAAUGUUAUGCAAGCUACCCGAGAUCGGCCUUUCUGAAACAGCUCUUCAUUGGUUCCGUUCUUACUUAACUGGUAGACAACAGCGCACAUCAUGUGGAAAUGAGUUAUCUGAGGAACUUCCAGUCACGCAUGGGGUGCCACAGGGUAGCAUUCUAGGGCCUCUGUUGUUUGUGAUUUACAUACAUAACUUGCCAAAUGUGCUUGACUCCUGCUACGCGUCACUUUAUGCAGACGACACUGUAAUUUAUUGCUAUGGUAAAUCCUCAGAGGAGUUGAGUGAUAAGUUAAAUAAAGAUCUACUGGGUGUGGCGAAAUGGCUUCAUGAUCACAAACUGACUUUAAAUUUGGACAAAACUAAAUGCAUGCUUAUCGGUAGUAAUAGGAAACGCAAAAGCAAAGUAGAUUUGACUGUUUCAAUUUUAGAUCAUAGUAUAAGUAAUGUUCGCAGCUUUAAAUACCUCGGUAUACAUAUAUAUCUUCGGAUUUCACAUGGACUGAUCAUAUUGAACACCUAACUGGGAAAAUCAAUCAGAGGCUUGGGCUUCUCAAGCGUAUAAAGCAUUUAUUGCCUUUCAGGGCGCGUCUACUUUUCUAUAAAAGUCUUGUUAUGCCCCUUUAUGAAUAUGCUGAUCUAUUAUGGGGCGAUAAACAUAAUAUUACCCUUAUGUCUAGUUUGCAAGUUUUGCAAAAUAAGGCCGCUAAAGUUAUUUUAAAUAGACCAUUGUACUCAUCCUCCACUGAGGCAUUAGCCGUUCUCAAGUGGCUGCCUCUAGAGAAAAGGCGAUUUCAAAGAAGGUGUGUACACGUAUACAAAUGCAUCAAUGGCCUAAUUAAUCACGAUAUGGACUUGAUUAGACAAGAAGUACUUCAUAGGCAUAAUACACGUAACAAAGGAACUUUUAGAUUACCACGUGUCAAUAGAAAUUGGGGGAAGCAAAGAACACAAUAUCAUGCCGUUUCCGAUUUUAACUCCCUCAGUCAGACGAUCAAAGACUCAAGGAAUGUAAAUAGUUUUGAACGUAAUGUUUUUAAGUUUUUAACAUAGCCACUUACGUUUAAUUUUUACUUAUACUUAUUUUUAAUUUUUAUGCAUUUUUUGUAUCUUUUUAAUCCCUUUGCAAUUUUAUAGCUUUUUUUGUUUUUAUAAUAUAUAUCUAGUUUUGAGGUCCUUUUUGAAAUCCAUAUCUUUUAUGAAAAAGUUUCCUCAGUAAAGAUGAUUAUUAUUAUUAAAAUCAAUAUGCGUGUCACGACCUCUCAGUCUGAAAUAAGCGGCAAAAAUCACAUUUGAUCAGUCAAAACGUUUUCCUCCAGAGCAUAAUCUACCCGUCAGCGAAAAAGAAAAAAAAAAUAUUGGAACAAGCAGCAUUUUGGCAUGAAGUAAAAGUCAUGUGUUGCCUACCGACCCCCUUUUUUACACUAAGAAUCCCAGAGGGCAGGGACUGAAAAAAUGCACAGGGAAACCGUACACUCCAAGUGGCUUCCUCCUCUCUUACGGUGUGUACAUUUUCGAAAAGAUUUUGCAUUAAAGUGGCCUGUAUCCUUUGAUCUGUUGUGAGUGUAGAAUAAUUAAUAAAGCACAAAAACAUAGGUAAUGAAUCAAGAUUUCAUUGUUAAAAAAAAAGCAAUAUUUGUCUGAAAAAAAAUUCGCGCAGAGGGGUUCACCUAAAAAAAAAAUUCCUGCACAAGCAGUGAGCGAAAAAAAAAAUUCAUGCAAGCUGAAACUUCCCCACCUCCCCAUCACUUUUCUAAUGGUCCGUCGCUAAUAACGAGCUGUUUGUUUUUACGAUAACAAAGGACUGUACAGAACGAAUGUCUGCCGUUGCCUUGUCACUAGGCCUCAUUAUUCUGCGUGGCCAAUGCGUUUCGGGUCACGUGGUCCGAGCGAGUUUUGUCUCGGAUGCGCCAUAGAAAUGCUUUGACCAGGACCAGGUCAAUAACGUUUUUCUUGAAUGUUAAAAGUGUCCGAUGCUCCUAGUGUCUGGCCUUGUAUCUUUCGAUUGACCUUUCUUCACCCGUUGGAAAAAUACUAACAACAGCUUUCAAUACUGACACCGAUUAAGUCAUAUGUACACUGGAUGGCGAAAUCGGAGAUCUAAAAACAAAGCGCUGUCAACUCGUCUUACAAAACGCAGGCCAAGUGAGGUCAAGCAAGACUCGUGCCUCGCGCGCUUUCUUUUUCUUUCUCCCAGCAACCUCUCUGCGACACAAAGAGGCCUCUGCGGGGGAGAGAGCGUAAGGAAUCUAAGUAGCCGCGAAAUAAGAAACGCAACCAGUCAUAAGUGAGUUUAGCACCUUCCUUAAAAUCAACAAAUCCAGGGGAUAAUUUCUUUUACGGUUAACUCUUUUUAUCCUAUUUACGGCUAACGGGUUAAAACUUUUCAAUUUUUACGGCUAUCGACUAAAUUUUUGGCCGUUUUAAGCCUAUCGGUUAACCCCAUUGAGACCCUCAUAGAAGUGGCGUCGCGGACUGUGGGCCGUUUUCUCAGGCUAAUAAUUUGAGGGUCAAAGUUCACUAUGACCCUCUGACGUCAUAGCUCGGUGGGAUGUUGCCUACUUAGAAACUUUGGUGUUAAACAGUUUCUGAGCUAACUUUCGUUUGAUCCCCGAAGAAACCGCUUUCGGGGGAAUAAUUCCAUUGAUAUCUAACUGUACAUGAUAUUAGAGCGGUUAAGUAUCACGUUUACUGGUACGUCAAAUUUGUACCACGUGAACAAGUUUUCCCUUUUUGUCGCCUACUGUUCGUAUUUCUACACAUAAAUUAGUAGUUUCACGCAUUUUUUUUAUCCAUCAGAAUUUUCUGAGCUGUUUUUAUCUGCUCAUUUUCUAUUUUGAGAAAAUAUCAACUUGAAUCUGACGUGUGCCGUGUACCGUAAAGCUUAAACUCUCUAUUACCUUUCUGUAGCUAUUUUCAGAUAAUUGUCACACCAUUAAAAGAACAAAAAGAUUCGGGAAGCACUGCGGAUGCUAAAUACGGAACAGUCGUCCUGAAAUACGAAGAUCAAGAGGAAGGAAAGCCUUACAUUACUGCCGAGUUUCGAAAGGGUCUGUUCACAACAGAAUUCCCAGUUGGAGACGGGAAAUACUACUCACGAAAUGGUGUGACCAACUCUAAAAGAAAACGCAGAUAUCCCGGUAAGUUGGCUCUAAACCUUGGGGUCAAUCUCUUAUUUGGUGUAGAGGGGUAUGUAACACCUAACAGGGCAUGGUUUUCGUGGUAAUAGGGAGUUUAAGCAACUACGACGAUGACGACAACGUCAUAAAAACGAUCGAAUUCAUGAGCAAAACAACAGCUCUGCACGUGCAUCACGCUUUUUAGUACAUUUCUUUGACGUCCACUGCACGACUACGACGUGAAACCUCCCAAUGCGACGUUUUGUGGAGGACGUGGACAUACGGCGACAGAUUUUUCUUUCUCUAUUUGAACAUGGAUAAAGCAUUAUAUUUGACGAAUUGAACGGUUCCAAGUAGACGCGAUAAAGUUUAAAAGGACGCAAAUUCAUUUUUUUAGUGAUGUUUUCACUCCCAUCGUCGUCGUUGUUGCUUAAGGUGACUCGACCCAGUUAUUUUUUGAGGGUACCAUCAUACUUUGAAGCUCUCUGGUAUCCCCACCUUUACUUUGAUCGUAAGUCUAAAAUAUAGCACGGAUAACAUAUAGAUCAAUCUACAAUACAGCAUAAAAUUUUUGUCGAUCGGAGUAAAUGUCACGUGGUUAUAGUGCCACGCCUCUUUGGGGUCUGAGUCGAAAUUCUGCUGUUGCCGGCAUUUUUUCGUGACAAUCUCUCGGCAACAUAUAGUGCGCAUUAGUGCCUUGCGUUCAACGGAGUUUCACCAAAAUCGCAAAGACCCAAUGCGAGAAAUUCAGCGGUUUCCAAAUGUAGGUCAUAAUUUAUGCGAAAAUGAUAAGCAAACUUUACACGAUUAUAUCUAAUAAAUUAUGAGAUUUAUCCCUUUAUUUUGGGGAUCUUUUUAACAGAUGGGUCCUUGCAAGUCAGCAAAAAGCUUUAGGGCCUUGUAAAUGCACGCGAUUUUGAGCAAAGCAAAAAUAUAGAAAUUAUAGUUUUAGCUAUUUGUUGACGUUUGUCGGCGUUUAAGAGUCCUCACGAAAAAAGCAUUUUCUUAAAAAUUCGUAGGUUUUUUUUCCUUCAAAUUUUUUCAGGGCCACAAUUGAUAAACUAACUACCCGGAUUCUGAAUUUCAUAGUGAUUGAAAAACUGUGGCAUUAUCUUCUAUAAUCCCACACUUGAGUAAACAUUCAAGAUUUUUAGCGUUUUGGCUGAGUUUGUGCUUUGGGAGUUUUCUAUUGUUUCUAGUCUGUCAUGAUACAGCAUUCUUGUUUAGCACGCGUGCAAUGACCGCGCUUGGCUGACUUCCGAAUGCUCACCGAGAUAUGAUAAUUUUGGUGCGGUGAGACAGGCGAUGGCGUGAUACAUAGAGGUUAAACUCACGAUUUUUAAUCAAUUCUCGUGCUUCUUGUGCAUUUGCAAAAAAAUCAAGAAAUGUUACACACUAAAUCUACUUGCUAUUAAAAAAUAUCCUUUUUACAUAGGUUUAAUGCAAGGCAAUAAUUAAACCAACCCAUUACUUAUCAUUUUAUCUGGUAGUGAAAAGAUUAACUACACUUGUAAGCACCGUCGGUUUUUUUGUGACUCUUGGUUUCGCUCUAGAAUCUUUCUUGCUCGUCUUGCUUAGAGGUAGGCCAGACGCUUGGCUGACUUCCGAAUGGUCAACGACAUAUGAUAAUUUUGGUACGGUGAAAAUAGAAGGGAUUCCUGUGACGUAACGUCUAGACAUGAACACCCUCAGCGCUUUGUAUACCGCAGGAGGUACAAGGGCCUUGCUAACAAUUUUAGCAUUACCUCUAAGCAAGACGAGCAAGAAAGAUUCUAGAGCGAAACCAAGAGUCACAAAAAAACCGACGGUGCUUACAAGUGUAGUUAAUCUUUUCACUACCAGAUAAAAUGAUAAGUAAUGGGUUGGUUUAAUUAUUGCCUUGCAUUAAACCUAUGUAAAAAGGAUAUUUUUUAAUAGCAAGUAGAUUUAGUGUGUAACAUUUCUUGAUUUUUGUGCAAAUGCACAAGAAGCACGAGAAUUGAUUAAAAAUCGUGAGUUUAACCUCUAUGUAUCACGCCAUCGCCUGUCUCACCGUACCAAAAUUAUCAUAUCUCGGUGAGCAUUCGGAAGUCAGCCAAGCGCGGUCAUUGCACGCGUGCUAAACAAGAAUGCUGUAUCAUGACAGACUAGAAACAAUAGAAAACUCCCAAAGCACAAACUCAGCCAAAACGCUAAAAAUCUUGAAUGUUUACUCAAGUUUGGGCUUAUGGAAGAUAAUGUCACAGUUUUUCAAUGACCAUGAAAUUCAGAAUCCGGGUAGUUAGUUUAUCAAUUGUGGCCCUGAAAAAAUUUGAAGGGAAAAAAACCUACGAAUUUUUAAGAAAAUGCUUUUUUCGUGAGAAGGACUCUUAAACGCCGACAAAUGUCAACAAAUAGCUUAAACUAUAAUUUCUAUAUUUUUGCAUUGCUCAAAAUCGCGUGCAUUUACAAGGCCCUAAAGCUUUUUGCUGACUUGCAAGGACCCAUCUGUUAAAAAGAUCCCCAAAAUAAAGGGAUAAAUCUCAUAAUUUAUUAGAUAUAAUCGUGUAAAGUUUGCUUAUCAUUUUCGCAUAAAUUAUGACCUACAUUUGGAAACCGCUGAAUUUCUCGCAUUGGGUCUUUGCGAUUUUGGUGAAACUCCGUUGAACGCAAGGCACUAAUGCGCACUAUAUGUAGCCGAGAGAUUGUCACGAAAAAAUGCCGGCAACAGCAGAAUUUCGACUCCGACCCCAAAGAAGCGUGGCACUAUAACCACGUGACAUUUACUCCGAUCGCCAAAAAUUUUAUGCUAUAUUGUAGGUUGAUCUAUAUGUUAUUCAUGCUAUGUGUUAGACUUACGAACAAAGUAAAGGUGGGGAUACCAGAGAGCUUCAAAGUAUGAUGGUACCCUCAAAAAUAACUGUGGGGAGUCACCUUAAAGGUCAAAUGAACCAAAAUUUUGACCCUUUUUAUUUUAGUUCAAUUCUAGUGAAAUGUGUUUAAUAUGAACCAAAUAAACAUACUAUGAAGUUUCAGCUCAAUUGAAGCAAGUAUCUCCGAGAUAUUCGCAAUUAAAAAUUGCUAUUUUUUGGCCCUUAUCUUCGUAGAGCGGUCGGAAAAAUUGUCGGAAAAAACAGCUUGUGACGUCAAUGUUGGUCAGGUGAAAAAAAGCGGGAAAUUCAAAACAGAGUUUUUCGAGUCGACUUGGCGCAGAAGUGGUUUGUGCGGCCAUAAACCUGGAAAGAACAGGCAAUUUGUCUUCAAAGGUUGCAAGCUGUGUUUAUAACCUUCUUAUUAUUUAAUUUUCUCGAAGAAACAUCAUAGUAAAACGGACUUUAACGACAUUUACUAAUUUCUUUGAGUUGUACUGGAAAUGUGCGUGCGUAAGUCCGAUUCUUUUCAAGAUGCAUUCACAAAAUGUGUUCAUAAAAGGAAGUUCCUGGAUAUAUAAGGUCCGGAGCUCCACCGUGGACACAAAAACAAAAUAUCUUUGUAUAAUAAUCUGCCCAAAGAAAUUCAAGUUUGCCCACAAUGUGUGUUUGAAGUCACUGAACUUUGUCGCACUCAGCGAACUGAUAUUUAAAACCCACGCCCGAUCGGACACUCCUAGCUUUGCAGAUCACUAAAAAUGAUAUAAACAAAAUCCUCAAUGUAGAAGUUUUGGCGUUGAUAUGUGGGCAGAAAAAGAGUUAAUCUUUAUCUAGUAAAUCUUACCCAAGAUCGGUUUCAAAGCAACCAUAGUUUUUUAAACUUGGUCGUUUCGCGCAGUGUAAUUUUGCUUUGUGUUGUCAAGUUGAACAUGCAUAACACCUGUCAAAAACCUACGCGUAAGUAAGAUUUCCUUCAAACAAAGUUAAAGUUACAUUAUUGCACAAACGUCUUUCCAAUUAUGUAUAAGAUUUAAUUACCGAUUGAGGUCACUUAAAAAAAAGCUUCAAUAAAGUUGCAAAACAACAAAUUUUCAUUAAAAAAACAUGAGGCUUAAGGCUCUUAUACCUGCUGACAAAGAAGAAGUGAAUUUUCUGUACGGUACGUAGUCGGAAUCAUGGCUUGGCUGCGAAGCUUGCCACUGAUCUUUUGCUUUUAAGAUCUUUAGGUAGGUUGUUUCCAUACAGAUUAGCUAGCUACUUUUAAUAACUGGUCCAUGCGAGGGUCUUCAUUCAAGCAAAUUAAACUCAGCAAACUGAAUCAUUAGAAAAUACAGAAAACUGCACAUAAGGAUUUGUUUUGCUCGCUUCAAUCAAAUCCAGCUCCAGCAAUUGUUUACGGGCAAAGAGUCGAUUGUUUUGGAGUCACUGCCGGCAAUUGUCGUUCUCCGCUACUUCACAGCGAAUGAAAGGAAGAUUUGCGUACAGAAAGAUAACAAAACUAUCAUCUUAACUAUGUAAUUAAAACUGAAAAAACUAAAGGAAAAAAACUCUGACUAUUAUUACUUGAGCAACAGAAAAAUGAUCGAAGUAGUCUUUUCUUCUCGAGUAAGCUUUCUGGCCUUCUAAAGUUCCGAGAAACUUUUUCAAACUUAAAAGCUUAAAAGCGAACAAGGUUGUUCACUCGCAUGCGUUAGCCGUUUACGGUUCUUUGACUGAAGACAAGUAUAAAGCUGGUUCUGCAAAGGUAAAUAAAUCUGGGCAUGUAAAAAAAGUAACCAUAACUACUAAUAACAGAAUACAAGCAGGUUUUAAUUCAACCCGGCGAAAGAAGGCGAAGCACUGGGCACAAAAUCAACUCACAAAUCGAAUCGGAAAAAUACAAACCUGUUUGGAAAUGUUCAAAACGUUUUAUUCCACCUCAGACGGACCGAAUGAUCUGUUUUUACUCUAACAUUGGUUGUUCUGAAUCCAAAGUAAUUUUCAAGUGACGAAAAAACAACAACAACAAAAACAAAACAAAAAAGCCUUUACAAGGAGCAAACGUUCGCAUCUCGUGCAUUCCAUUCAAAACUCUCACUGAACGAGACAAACAAACGCAGGCGAUAAGGGAUGCGCAGAAACUUGCGCAGAACGGUUUUCCGCCCUGAAAGACCAACAUUGACGUCAUGUAGUCUCCAGUCUAUCACGCGGCCAUUUCAGAAACGUUUUCGUGAAGUCUUCGGAAAUGCUCGGAUUUUGAUCUUUGUUCUUUCUAUAAAGGCUUGGGAAGAAAAAUCUUUACCCAAAUCUCACGUAGGAUGAUUCUUUUUAGUGUUUGGUGAAGGUAAAGCGAAAAAGAAAAUAUGUCAAUUUUUUGGUUUAUUUGACCUUUAACCUCCCUAUUGUGUCUUGAACAGCGUAAUAUAUAGAUUUAGCCACGGCUAAAAGCGAAGCUCCCAUUGAUAAAUUUAUAACUUAAAUCAAACAAUAAUUUUGUAUUCCACAAAUCAGUUAACUUAGGGGCACAUUCAUGUGACUUUUGAGAGAAAAGCUAAGUGAUUUUGGAGUGAAACAAAUCUUGUAUCGAGUUGAUAUAGCCUUGUAUGUACACCCAAAAAAUAGUCUUCGGUCACAUUUAAGAGCAAUAAUGGCUCGUGAUCACAGUAGAUAAGGCGUGGAAAACAAAUUCUUGGAAAACAAAUCAGGCCGAAUUUUUUGCGUUCGACAAGUUUACAAAUUCUACCCAAUAAAUCUGGGUGCGUGCAAACCAAUCUUUUAUUAUUUUUUUUUAUACACCACAUCUGAGGAGAAAGAGUACUAUGAGGCGCUGUUUUUAUCAUACAGACCUCGUACAAAAUGCAGUAUUUCACAAUUUUUCUAGACAAAUUGAAUUCAUUCAAUAUUCAGGACCAUCGAAACACGCGUGGACUUUCAAUUAGCGAAACCGUUAAAAAAUUUCCAGAAUCACCUACACGGCCAGCCGGUUCUAACUUUUGACAAGCGCCAAAUUUGCAAAGAAAUUUUAAACGAGUUACGCUUCAACGUGAUAAAGGAUUUAUUGAGUCUAUUUUUUAUUAAUGGUUUUAUAACGAUGUGUAAACUUAAAAAGCGUUUGAUACGCUCGGCACUUUGAGUACUCCUGCAGGCGAUGUUUAUGAACGGCUGAAAACAAACGGCAAAGCGAUAAAAAUUACACUUUUGAGACUACCAACAAUCAAUAAAGAAAUAUAAUUCGGUAGAACAUUUACGAAGACAACAAUUUUCAUUCACGAAAACAAAUAAGUAUUUAAGUGUCUCUAAGAAUCCUCAAGUCUUUACUAGUAAGAUUAAACAUUAAGUUUAUGUUUUAAGCCGCCGGUUUCCCGGUGUUUGCUGUUUUCAAAGAUGAACUCACGACAAGAAAAUCGCUCAAAGCUUUCUUUCUACAGCCAAAGUUAUAACUAAAUAUUCUUCGGAAAGUAUUUUCUUUCUAUUUACGGUGAAUUAAUAUCGACUAAAGGCUUUUUAAAGUUCUGUAAGCUUAAGCUUAUAUCAAACCUCAUACUAGGUCAGAUCAGUGUCUCAGUCAAAUCUUAAUACAAACGUGCAUAAACUAGCUUCAUAAACUGCGCCGCUGGACUUCAUGAAAUUAGAUAUAAAUACAAUAAUUACUCAGGCUUACCAUAUUUCGAGAUGCAGCUCCUGAAAGCUAUCAAGUAAGGCAAGGAUCGCUUGAGCCUUUAUAAUUCUCGUACGCAUCCAGCAAGGUGAAAAACAAAAACGAUGCCAUCCGAAAUCGGAUUAGCGGCUUUGACAAGCGACGCAUUUCUCAACCAAGAACCCAAUAAACAAACCAGCCAUGAAUAAGAGAACACUCUUGAUAGCAGCUGUAUUUCACUUUGUACAUCCAGUGGAAAAAGACAGUUAAAAACAUCACAAGUUGACUCAAACUCUGACAGCUUCAGCUGUCAAAGUAAACAUAUGCUGCAUAAAUUUUACGCAUGAACUCACCUGUCAAAUUUUAACCAAUCAGAGCAUAAAAAUUGGACGUGGAGCGUGACCAACACGUGACCAUGGCAAGAAAAGGUCUUCCCCGCCUGUAUUUUAAAAAAACCUGGCUGAAUUUUUGCGUCUGAGGUCAGUUUGAAAUCAAAAUCGUAAUAUUGCGGGACGAUACUGACACAAACACAACAUAUUUGAUAUGAAUUUUUAAAAAAAGUAAACGUGAGCCUGCGAUCAUUUGAAAACGAGUAAAUUGUCAGCAAAUAACUUCAAAAAAUACUCGACCUUGAUGGUCGACACCUGAGCCCGCGAUACGGUCAGAUGAUACUGGUCAGCGGAUACCCUGUUUUGACAGCUGUCAAAUGAUGACAUCAUUGAUGUGCAAUCAGCUUUCUCCUGGGCUCCCAACGCAGCUAGAAAGUGUAAGAGUAAACAUUGGUAUGCCUGUGGUGCGGACGGACGGUCUGUCGGUCGGUCGGUCACGUGAUCACCAAAUUUUCUGGGAUGGGUAGAUUUAUUUACCCAUGGUGCUCCGCAGGCGCGCUUCGCGCGCGGAGCUCCGCUAUAAAAUUUCACUAUUUAGGCUACGUUCACACUAUAUCGGAUAGGGCUUCUUUUCACACAUAACAACGAUUGUGGCGGCGCAGUUUAUGUGACGCUGACUGAAGCUGCGCCGCGACAAUCUCUAAAGGGGAGAGUCACAUAUCGGAUAGGUGUUCACACUAUGCCUGAUCCAUUAUUUUAGAGUCUGAAAACAAUAGCUACACUUGUAAAUUACAUGUGCAAAAGUUUUAUUCAAUUUACCCCCGGUAUAGUGUGACAAUAACAUUCAUGUCUUGAAGAAGGUAUCGUUCUUUAACGAAUGCCUUGAACAAGGUUGAAUAUGAUAGGGAGUACGAUAGGGAGCGAUCUAUAUGCAUGGUGAUAUCUGUUUUUACAAGUCCAAAAUGCAUUCACACUCGAAAUCAAAGAAACCAAGGAGAUUUUUUUAUUAAGGGACUGGUCAAAAAGUAUGGGGGGUGGGCCGGAGCAUUUGGAAAUGUGGCUGAUAAAAAACACAUGACCCACCCCCUCCCUUCGGCACAAAAAUGACUGACCCACCCCUAAAGCAAGGUUGGAAAUUGCAUGACCCACCCCCUAGUUAAAACAUGGAUGUUUGGUUUCCUCUAAGGCCAUCCCCUUUUUUUUCUUCAUUUACCGUCGAACGCGUUUCCUGAUAUUGGGUCGGUAGGUCGGAUUGAAAAAAAAAAAACCUAAAAAACAAAUCACAAGAAGUCUCGGAAUAGUAAGCCCUGGUACCCCAGGACGACGUUCACAUAUUUGGAUUAACAAAAUGUACAAUAUACUGUGAAAAAUGUUCAUGUUUUGUUCCUGUUUUUCUCUAUGCUGUUACUGUGCUCAUUUUUGAGAUUAAAAGAAUUAUUUCAAGUGAAAAAUGGUGUAACUACGUCGUUCCUUUUUUUUGUUUUGAAAAUGCCAAAUAUUUGGGUCGGUCGGAUGACGGUAAACGGAGAAAGAAAAAGAGGAUGGCCUAACCUUGUUCUGUGCUUGACAAAAAUUGGUGAUACACUGCUACAACCAAUAUCAAAAUCACAGAAAUCAUACCUUUCACUGAAAAGACAAAUGUGAAAAACCGAACAUUUCUUGUUUCGAUGGACGUUAUGAGUCUUGACACAAAUAUACAGCAAAACGAGGGUAUAUUGAAAUUGUCUGUCACAAAGCAUAUGAAAAUUUCUACAAAGACAACCCAUUCCUACACAUUACUUGCCGGAAAUUCUUAGAUUAAUCCUCAAAGAAAAUUUCUUCCACUUCAACGGAAAGCACUACCUACAAAACCAUGGAACUGCAAUGGGCACAAAGACAGCAGUUUUGAUUCCUUUGCCAAUAUUUUCAUGACAUAUAUUGAAACAACAAUUCUAAGCAAAACUGUCUUUAGAACAACAGUUUGGAAAUGCUACAUUCACGAUAUCUUUUCCCUAUGGGACAUAAGUAAACCAGACAUCGAAGCCUUCAUUGAACAAGCAAACUUACAUCACCCAACUAUUAAAUUAACGGCCGAAACAUUUGACACUGAGAUGCAGCGUUUUUAGACACGGUUGUAUACAAAGGCAGAAGAUUCAAGAAAAUAUCUAUCCUUGAUGCAAAGACACAUUUUAAACAAACAGAAACCUUCUUGCACACACAUUUCACCUCGUGUCACCCUCCAAGUGUUAAAAAAGGAUUUGUCAAAGGAGAAGCCUUGAGAAUCCUACGAAAAAACUCCUCAGAAACAACCUUUGAGGAAAAUUUAAAAAAAAAACGCUCGAUGGACAGAGGCUACCCACAAACUUUGAUAGAAGACCUACUAUCAGAAAUAAAAUUCACAAAAACGAGUCUAAACUCCCAAAACAAAACAUACAAGGAGGAAAAAGAAAUAUUGCCAACCCUCAAUGUCUACAAUAAAGGAAGCUUGAAUAAUAAAAAUGGGAUCUUACACAAAACCAACCAUACCUUCGAUAACUUUUUAAGGAACCACCAAUCAUUUCCUUACAAAAAAGGAAAAUCAUUAAAGGACAUGCUCGUUAAAGCCAAAAAAAAAAAAGGUUAACAAAGGGUUUCACGCCCGUAUAGAUGCAUGUGCGGCCUGUCACCCGUUACAUUUUCUCGCAUAACAGGUUUGUGAGUAUUUUAGCAAUAAUUCCAGCUGGCUGUGUUUUAUAUAACAAGUGUGCUCAACUGUUUCGUUAGUACUUAGUGCUUAUCUAUGUAAUAAAAUAGGGUGACCCACCCCUUAAGGGUAGCUGAAAAUUGCACGACCCACCCCUUCGACAAGGCUCAAAACCUCAUGACCCACCCCCUCUCUGCUCCGGCCCACCCCCGCCUAUACUUUUUGACCGGUCCCUAAUAAAGUAUAUUUGGGCUAUGCAAAAAAGUCUCUUGUCCAAUAAGGAAGCGAAAUAAGCGGGUUUUGUUUUAACCAGGAUCAGGGUUUUGAAGGCCUCGUCGACACACCCCGAACCAAAUUUCUUUAUUUAGUUCCCUACCCACUCCUCCCCCGGGCUCAAAACAAAAGGCUUGGCUGAGAUAACGCAGUUACAGGCAAUUAGCAAUACCUGCAUUUUGUGAAUUGAUUUCUGCAUUGAUAAACCGUUACUUUAUUUCCACGGUGAAACUGUUAACUCAUUGCCUUUACAUCCUCAACUUUGCUACUUAAAAAAAAAUUGUGUUGCAUGUCUCCCUAAAAUUUCGACUAAAUAAAAAGCGCUCGGUGGAUAUGCUAAGAGCCCCUACGUGAGAUAUUCUCAUGGCAAGAGUUAAAACACAGAACAAUGGCUUUCUAACUAAGGCGUUUCUUUGUUUUUGUUUUUGUACUAGGUGUGAAGUAUCUAAACUUAACAAAGAUUUGGUUACAAAUCCCGCAUUCUAAUUUGCUAAUUCUAAUUUGCCUCGGUGAGUGGAGAAAAACGCAAUUUUAUGCCAACAAAUGCUUGAAAAAAUCACAAGAAAGUUCUUUUAUAUUUAAAAUAGAACGUUGAAUUGUAGGAUUCCAUUGGCUUUAAUCUUUAGCAAGGGGCUAUCUAACGCCCUGAUAACGUUUGACCCCCGGGGGGGGGGGUACUCCCUAAUAUGGGCUAUAUAGCUAUGUGCGGCCCCAAAGGGUAGGGUUUUCCAGCCGUUUUGGUCAUAAAUUGGGUAUCGAUUUUGGCUAUUUUGCCGCCAUUUUGGUCAUAAAUAGGGUAACGAUUUUUGCACUGUAGUCUUGAAUGCACUUUUUUAGAAGAAGCUACUUCCUUAUCAUGUCCCCCUCCUCCCAUCCGCGCUUUGCCUUCCUCUCCACCGGCUGCUUUGUAGGUCAUAAAUAGGGUAGGGAAAAUCGCAGAUUUUGGUCAUAAAUAGGGUAAGGGUUUUGGGAAGCGGGCCGCACACCCCUACCCAAUUUUUCUGCGAGUACCCCCCGGGGUUUGACCUAAAAGACGUCUUUAUUUCCAAUCGGCAGGCAAUUUACUUUUGACAUAGUUUACCUUAAACACCUAUAGGGGUUAAAAUUUAAGUACAAAAUGUCUGAAUCUCAAACAAAAUAUGCAAAUAAAUUUGUUACAGGAAAUAGUUCGCUGGAAAACACAAUACAAAGCACAUGUAAGUGUAGAACAGAAGGCAGAUAGAUACGAUAUCUCACGAUGUACAUUUGUAGCUUAUUUGUUGUUUCAAAAUUGAAAAAAAAAACGCACUAACUAAAAAAUUACAGUACUCGCCUUUGUAAAAUAUGCUGGUGAACGUUAUUUUAAAGUUUAGUUAGUAAGCGUGCUUUCAUUUAAACAGCCCUGUUUAAAGAGAUCUUAGGGUCUGUUUACAUGUUUACAUGGAGGUGGGUGACCCCAGCUACAAUCCUGGACAAAACUACUUGAGAAAAUGUUUUCAUUAAUGCGCACUACCUAACGCAACAAAACUAUUCCCAAAUCAACGGCUUUGCGUAAAGAAACCCCCCUCCCCCAGUUCAAAGUUGUUUCCUACAAAUGCAUAGGGAUCCGGCUUUCUUUUGAAGACCCAUUGCUUCCAGGGGGAGAGGGGGAGGGAAGAAUCGGUCGGCUACGAAGUUUAGAAAAAAUGACUCCCAAGAAGGCAAUUUUCUCAACAGUUUUGUCCAAGAUUGUAGGUGAGACAACCCGCUUAGAUGGGAAAAAAAUAACCCGCGUUUACAUGCAAUCUCACAACAACGCUAUCCCAUGGUGCACUUUCCCAAGAUUAUUGAAUUGUCGCUAAGUACGUAAACAAAAUAAUGGCGGGAAUUGACUUGUUUUGGCCGUUAAUGCUCUUCUUCUCUCAAUGGUUUUGGCUGAAACCUUUCAGUGCUGUGGCUUUCUAUUGUCACUUUAAAUUAAUGAUGCAAAGCCUUCGAUACCCCAAAGGCAGUUGGCGCGAAUUUGAUGUAACACGAAUCAGAGCCCGGCUAGGCUGGUUACCCAACCUCGAAACGUUUGCAAAGACAGGAUUUGACCCCGGCUGAGAGGUUUUCCCAGUCUGGCAGACCGGGGCAAUCCGCCUCGGCGGGUCACCCCACUUAUCAUGUAAACGUGAUCAAAUGAAAAUUAGAGAUGGACAUGCAUGUUACCUCAUCUACCUGGAUGUAAACAGGCCCUUAUGUUAAUUAACAAUUAAUGAAUGAGGCUGAGUAUUUUAUGAAAAAUUAUGGAGAUCGAGAAGGGUGUUGUCGAUAACACCCUCCGAGAUCUCCAUAAUUCUUCAUAUGAUACGAAAGCCGAAUUCAGUAAUUGUUUUAUUAUUCAUUCAAAAUAAUUCCUAGUUUAAAAACAUGGCUAAAACAAGCUUACCUGCAUCGAUGUUAAGUUUAUCUUCGAUAGUUUACGUUUAGGUUUGUCCAGCUCCACAAAUAUCAGGGGCACCCAACGUCAAUUUUCGGAAAAUAUCUGUUCGGAAGACGAUUUGAGAUCUAGAAUUUUCGGAACAUUCGUUGUAAAAUUUCUUGCUUGCCUGCCUCUCCUAGGAUUUUCGAACAUCUACAAAAUAGUAUAAUUGCCCAUUUUUAACGGAUUUUUACCCUAAAAGGUCCCCUAGAAUUUUCGGGAUCUUUUUUUCUGGCUGAAAUUUUCGAAAAGGUAAGUUUUGGUCCCUAUAAUUUUCGGAUCACUAGACUUUCAGCUAGGAAAUCCGAACAGAAGAAAACUUUUUAGGGGAUAAAAAUAUGCCUAUAUCAACAGUUUAAAUACUAAAAUACGUUUAACAAUGCUAUGUUUAAGCGGUUUUGAACUAUAUUCUCGUUGGGUGCCCCUGAAUAUUCUCCAAAUAGCAGAUGUCGCCCUCCGAGUUGUCUUCUUGCUGUUUUUGCUAUGUUUUUUGCCAUUAUUACGCUUAGUUCCAGCUGUAGUUUUUACUCUUGAAACGAGUGAAGUGUUCCGCCAUUUUUAUUUUCACAACCAAAACAACUCAGGCUCGUUGCCACGAUGCCUUAACCUGUAAGAACGCUGCAUUUUUGACGUCAUUUCCACGUUAAAGUCAAAAUUCUUCCAAAUUUGGUCAUCAGUAACUGUAACGUGUUAGUUUUUAAGAUCGCAAGAACGAAAAUACACCAAAAUUUCCUAGGAUCGAAAUGUGAUAUUAAGCAGUAUUCUGACGCUACUUAAGAAUAAUUAGAGCCAUUUAUAACGUAUUUAUUAAAUAAUCUAUCACGGCUAUUGAAAAUUUAAGGUUUCAAAUAUAUUUUAUAUUUAGUCGAAUUCAAAGAAACAGAAUUUUUUACUUCUCACGGAGUUUAUUUGCUAAACAUCAAACUUUAAGUUCCUAGUGUUGGAUUUUCAGUAGGUGGUCUAGAUCGCGCAAAAUUAGGCGUUUAUCAAUUUCAAAGUUUUUUGUUUAUUGUUGUCAUGGUAAUAUCGAUUUUACUAAAACCUACAGUUUGACAAAUUUCAAUCUAUAGUCAAUCAUUGGUGAAAAUUUUAUAGCGAUCAGACAAGGAUAAAAUCACUUUUAAGGCGACUGAAAAAUAUCGUUAUGACCUCUGAAAAAUUAUAUCGAAACACCUUAAGUCGGAGCAGUGCUGCAUCGCAAUCCAAAUUUCAGGCAGCCAACAUGCACUACAACAAGAAAAAGAAUCGUAAUGCAAACGUGUUAGCGUUAGAUGACACUCGCGUUAAACUCAGCGUUGUUACUGGCAGAAAAGGCUCUGACUACAUCAACGCUAACUUUAUCGACGGAUACAUGAUGAGAAGAGCGUUUAUUGCUACCCAAGCUACCUGAUACGAUCCCUGACUUUUGGAGCAUGAUCUGGGAACAGAAGUCUUCGACUAUUGUGAUGCUUUCUAAAGAAACGGAGAGUGGAAAGGUACUGGGGAAAAUGUUAAAAAAAUAUAUAGAAAAAGAGAAAAGGUUCUAGUAUUCCCAAAUGAUAUUUUCACACUUCCAGCCCAAUUGGACUUCCCCUAGCAUCAGUAAAUUAAUGACCAGCCAGUUAUCUUAUCGUGUAGUAUUCGGCAACGUCGGUUAUAAAGUGAAUUCGAGUUCAUUCAAUCUUCAUAUCCUAUAUAUUCCAACUCACGUACUUUGCCAAAUGUAGGGGAACGUCUCUGAGAUGAAUUCCUAAGACCCAUAUCCUGGCAAGUUCAGUUAUCACGUCGCAGCUUUGCAGUGACGUCAAAGAAAUAGGCAAAAAAGUGUGCUGCACUUGCAGCCAACACCUUUCCUACACCUUUCUUGGCGUUUUUGCCGUCGUCGUCGUCGAAUCUUAAGUUUCCUACUAUGUGCGACGCAAACACUAGAACUUGCUCGGGUUGUCACUAGUAAACUAUGGCCAAACGAGACAGAAACAUGGAGGCUUCCUUUGCCUUUUUUUGGAAAUCAGAGCUGGUGACUCCACGCUUGCCUUUUCGCCCAAUUCCACCCCUCCCUCACGCUCCUUUGCCCUUUACUUCAGGUUAGCGGAAUACAUUUGAUCAUUCCUAGUGCCUGAAAACAGUGCCAGACUCUAUUCAUUCCACGAAGGAGCCUUUGUAGCAGUUAAAAUCUGUAUGGUUUCGCAUGCAUAUAUUUCGUUUUAUCAGUAUCUCACGAGUAAAUUUCUGUACAUCAGGUGAAAGUGCAUCGGUAUUGGCCCGGAAAGCAGCCUGAAAACAUUGGCACUUUAAUGGCUGAAAUGACAAGUGAGAUGGUUUAUGAAGACUACGUCAUGAGAGAGAUCAAGCUCACCAAUACUAAGGUAUAGUAAGAAGCAAGGUAACCGCUCUGAUAGUCACUGAGUAUCGAUUAGCGAGUAAAGCGAGCCGCGAGAGAAGGCUGCGAGCGGGUGACCAAGUAACCUGGGACCAGGCUCCGCAGUGGGGAAAAAAGCAAAACCGCUCGCCGAUAGUUUUUAUCCCUUUUCCCCCAAUGCGGAGCCUGGUCCCAGGCUAGUGACAAAGCCGCAAUGGGUUUUCUUUCUUCACACUUCGCUCUCGCGUAUCGCUCGCGCUUACCCUUCUCACAAUAUCCUCAAAUUGGAAAGUUCGGUGGAUUUUGCACAAUGCGACAGAAGCAUCCACUCCUAAUUUGUUUCACGCGAUAUUACUGGAAACAGAUUUCUAAGUGGAAAAGCCAUGUUGCAUGCGCACAUCAUCUUCUUUACAUGUAGGUAAAUGGUGGAUGUUGCACCUGGCGAAAUCACAGACAACCUCGCGAGUUAGAGAUUCACCGUCUGUGUGCUCUUCUAAUCUGUUUCCUGUGAUAUUAAGUGCAGCAAAGUCCUCGAUGCAUGCGUAAAUCAUUUUCUUUAGGUGGAUGGCGUAACAGAAUCAUAGCCUGUGUGUACUUCUAAUUUGUUUCAUUCGUUCGUUCGUUCGGUCGCUCGCUCGCUCGUUCGUUUUCAUUUUCUUAGGACAGUGCGUUCCGAAUGGUGCGUCAGUAUCAUUACACUGGAUGGCCCCAUGUCGGAUCCCCGGACUCGGAAUCAAGAUUAAUUCAUCUAAUUGGUCAGGUACAAAAGUGGCAACAGAAGUCAGGAAACACUACCAUCACCGUGCAUUGGAGGUAUGGACCGGGUGCUACUACUGCUCAUGCGCGCCACUAAACUUAUCGCCCCAUGUAAAGGAAUCCGGAUUCCGGAAUCUGUCAAUUUUUUGCUCGUGGAAUCGGGAAUCCAGCAUCUUUUAUUUUGCUGUGUAAUCUGGAAUUCAGCUGUGGGAAUCUGGAAUCCCAUUAACUGUCGAAAUUCCGGAACUCAGUAGCCAGAAUCCGUAAUCCCUGGCGUGAAAUCCAAAUUCCCAGACUGUCUUGGAUUGCCUUUCAUGGGGUGGCGUAAACUAUUUCGCUUAACUUUAAGAUGAUUUUUAUAUCCCUUAUCUGGUCUCCCCUUUUCACUCUGGCAAUGUGCCAACGUCGUCUGAAACGAUAUUUCCGAAAUUGUUUAUUCAUAUAUUUUAACAGUCGUGAAGUAACCAAAGAUUGCCGGUAGCCAGAGAUCUUCCCAAAUUCCAUUAGUCGGACAAUGACUUCCGCUGUAACUUUCAGUUAUUUCCGAAGUCACGAAAUGUGGCAGAAAGUUUCUUUAACCGCAGGAUUAGCUCAGUCUGUAGGGCGCUUGCUGCCUGAGUGGUAGGUUGCAGGUUCGAUUCUCGGGCUGGUCUUAAAAUAACUGAGAAGUGAAGGAACUGCCUUCCAGACCCUGCAAAUAGCUAGAUCUUCGUGUGGCUCGCAAAAUAACGGUCUCGUCUCCACUGGGUAGAAAACGCAAAAAUUGUGUCAUCAGUUAGUACUUUCUUGACACCCACAAAAAAAUUUCAUUUUAAAGCCGAAGUAAUGCGAUUGCUUACGAAUAUAAACUAAACUCGCUCUUUUUGUCCGAUUCUAUUGGCAGGGAGGGUGUUGGCCGAACACGAGUCUUCUGUGCCCUAAGUGUGCUUAUUGAGAGAUUGAAGGCUGAGGGCGUACUUGAUGUUUUUCAGUCUGUGAAACGGUUGAGAUCUCAGAGACCUGCUCUGGUACAAACUAAGGAUCAGUACGAGUAUAUUCACAAGGCUCUUGCACAGGGUGCAGAGGAGUUAUUUAUGACGGCAAGCGAAGCAAAAAUUUUUUACAGCCUCUGUUUGCUGUAGUAUGGACUGUGAACUCAUGCGAUCGUGUUACCAUGGAAUGAAACUAAAUACCACGUGACUCGUUCAAUGUGGACAGUAGCUUACUCUUCACGGAAACAGAAGUGAUGAACGUCGCGCCAAGCGAACUGUUAUCAACCGUUACUAAUUUGAAAAUUCAAACAAAAGCUGACUUGACCCGGUAAGUUUCUAUCCACUCGAGUGUAUGAAACACAGUGUUCUUGCAAACGGCAGUUUCCUUUUCUAGAAAAACAGAGAAAGCAACAAGAAACGUAAAUUAGAAACCAAAGCUCUCUUAAAAAAUUGGUAAGUAAUUUCAUGAUCACUCGUCUCUAUACGGUCCACAUUGUACGAAAGUACGCAUCCAACGCUAAAAAAUCUGCCCCUUGGAAAUUAGUUUUAGCAAAGUCAGUGUCCAAAUUUCUGAUGAAAGUGAAAAAAGGACUUUGUUUUGGUGUCAGCUGAGGAGAAUGAGCUAUGUGUUUUUCCUAUAUGAUAAAGGGUCAACUUUUUUAAGGCAAGAAAAGACUUCGAAGGAUUCAAAAUGGCGUUUUUAAGCCAUUGCGUUGUUGUUUGCGAAGUGAUAAACUUGCGAAUUGCCAUGUUUCAAAAUUCUGCAAAGAUCUAACGAUGACCCAUGUAUUUAGGAGGAGUGUUGCGUGACCACACUAAAAAACGGCUGUGUAGCAGACUACCAUGUAUUGUAAUAGCGCUUCGCACUAUUACUAAAAAUAAGUUUUGCCACCUCACAGGUGUCCCAAGCUAACGUUACGAGUGUUAUGUCACAGGCGGCCCAAGCUCAGUGUGUGAGUUUAAGUAAUGAUCCAGGUAAGAAGGGAAGCAAUUUCUUUUGUUGUGGCGCAAUACGCUUUCCUCACAUAGAAAUGUUUUCAUUUUUACGCAGCGAAUGCAUAAAUCUACAAAAAGGCUGUUUACGAAAGAAAAUGUAUUUAAACUCCACUUUUAAAGGGUGUAUUUUUGUGUUAAAACAUUUCGACCAAUCACAAGAGUUGCAAACAAUGGCCAAGAAAUGUUCACAAUUUUACAUGAUCCGCACAUACGAUUUCUGUGUUACUUAGACUCGGACGAGAUUUUGUUAUAAGGAAGUUAGAUGGAAAAAAAGGGAUUAAUAUACAUGCUGCUUUGCGAAGAUUUCGUAAAAUUUGAUGUUUAAACCAAUCAGAACCUUAGUAGAGACAAUAGUAAAGUUAGCACCUUUUUGCAUUCCGACGUGUUCACUGCGUUUUGGUCCUUUCCUUCUUAUCUGGACCAUUACUUAAUCAUUAAAACGUGUGGUUUCAUAUUGCGUAAUUUAAAAUGGCCCGUGAAUAUAAAGGAUUUGUAUGGGAAUUCAGGUAAAAGAUUCAAGUAGAUAAAUACUCGCUAGAAUGUUCAAUAAAAUGCAGCUUACAGUAUUUACUUUGCUUGUUUUUGCUUGCUGUGUGGUUAUUUUCCCGAUCCAUUGCGAUUAAAGCGAUUUUCUUUAACCCCAAGUUUCCACUGUAAGAAAAAGGACAAGCCUUCACAGCCCAGUUGGCGAUGCCCGGGGUACCACACCGUCACUUGUCAUCAGGGUUCGAAUUAUUGUCGAUGACAAGUGACGGUGUGGUACCCCGGUGAGGCUUAGUUUGUAGAGGAGGCAGGGUAACGUCGUUUUGGUUCGGAUUUUGGAAAACAAACUGCCGAUUGGCGUCGGUUGCAGUGGCCGGAUUGCUCGCAACCAGUUGCAAAAGUACUUGAGACACUGCACCGUAUUUUGGCAUAAAUGGCCUGUCGAUGAUCUUGUGCUUGUGAUCCCCCCUCCAACCCUUAUCAAAGUUGCUACCAAUACAAGACCAUACUCAAAACUUGGAGGAACAACUUUGAAUGGGAGGGAGGAGGGAGGUCAGUAUUAUAUCUCACAGACCUGUGACGAGGAGCGAUUUAAAGCAAGAAAGGUCGUGGGAGUGUCUCAACAUUUUUGCAAGUGGUUGUCUGAGUCCUUCAUACCCCUACAGCCGUGGUGCACGAUUAUUAAACGGGGUAAAACGUGGUGCACUCUUUGCACCUAAGAGGUUGGUUAUAAAAAAAUAGUAUUUCAUUUUCCUAGGUUUGCGUGUUUAAAAAAGGCGAGACAAAAACGGCAGUUUUUGGCCCUUUUGCUUAUAUGGUAAUAGGCAAGAAAUUGGGCUUUUAAAGGAAGGACGUGGCAAAAGAUGCUACACCAUCUUAAGUAAGCUGCAACGAAAGGGGUUUUUGGUCCUAAAACGCUACAAGGAUGCGGAAAAUAAUAUAUUUUCUUCGAACUCGGUUAAAAGAUGUUUAUUUAUCAAAGGAAAGUGACGUAAGAUGCCCCGCUAGAUGAAGGAGAUAGCUUUUUGUUGUUGUUUCUGAUAAGUACGUGGACGCGGUUCCUCUUUUAUCGCCUGCCAUUUUCAGGAAAGAAAAGUCACGCUAAAAAACAGCUGUUGUCGACUUUACCUUACUUAACACAAGUUUGGAUUUGUGUUUACUCUUUGGUCGUCUUACAACUUUGUUUCGAUUUUGAAGCCCGAGUGUGGCUAUGCAUCAAAUAACAUGAAAAUUCACGCGCGUAUUUCAGUAACAUAGUCGCGAGAGCUCGCACAUAACGUGGUUUGGCUUUGUAGUUAUGUACUUGGUAACGAAAUUUAUUUCUUUGCAAAAAGGAAGACACUGUCUCCAAGCCAGCAAUAUGGAAGCGACGAAACGAUGUUGAGGAUGCUUGAUAUAUACACAUGUACAUGCACGUACUCAAGUUGAUUUACUUAUGAAGUUAACAAAAUAAAACAAAACAAGCAACGUGUACUCACGAAAUUGAAAACGAAGUCAUCAGAUAUCUUAAUAGCUAAGUAAUAAAAAAAAUUGAUGAUAAAAAGUUCAACAUCCUUACCUGCAACUAGACCAAAACCAGAAACAGGUAGGUCCAUCUUCGAUGCAAUUAGAACGAUUGAUGAUAUUGUAGAUUACACCAAACGGAACAGUUGGUCGGGAUUUGUGAUCGCAAUCGACUUUGAAAAAGCCUUCGAUACAUUAGACUUUCAAUUUCUAAUCAGAACAUUACACAAAUUUAAUUUUGGCCCAUCUUUUAUUCAGUGGAUGCGUGUUCUGUACAAAAAUGCAUCCAGCUGUGUACUGAACAAUGGCUUUACGACUGGUCCUUUUCUACUAGGUAGAGGUGUCCACUCUCCCCUUACCUUUUCAUACUAGCGCUUAAGAUCCUAGCUAUAAUAAGAGAGGACUGCAAUGUACAGGGACUUAAAAAUGGAGAAGAAAUGAUUAAAUUGUCUCUAUUUGAAGAUGACAUGACCUGUGUCAUAAAAGACAAAACAUCUCAUACAAAUCUGUUUCGUAUUCUCAACUCUUUUGGAGAGUGUUCGGGCUUAAAGGUGAAUGAUGAAAAAACAGAAAUCAUGCCUCUACGAGAUAAUAUCCUAUAGGAGAAAGACUUCCCAACUCAAAGUAUUUUUUAAGUCAUAAAAGUCUUGGGGAUAUAUUUUGGUUAUAACGAAAGACAAAGGAACAUCCUUAACUUAAGUCAAACUUUAAAAAGUAUAAAGGAAUCAAUCAACGUAUGGAAAUGGACAGGCUUCUCCCUUUUAAGAAGAAUACAGAUAGUCAAAACUUUCGCAAUCCCAAAGCUUGUGUUCAGAGCAUCGGUUAUACCAGUCUCUAAAGAACAAAUUAAAGAGGCAAACUCAGUUCUCUACUACUUUAUUUGGAAUGGAUAAGACAAAGUGAAGCGUCUUGCAUUGAUAUCUUAUAUAGAAAUGGGUGGACCCAAAAUGUUGGACAUUCAAUCUAUGAUUUGCGCUAAACGAGAGAAAUGUUUAAAGAAAUUAAGGCAAGAUUACUCAAGUCCUUGGAAAACAAUCCUAGACAAACUUCUGUUACCAAUCGGAGGGCGUUUUGUAUUGCACUGCAGCUUUCAAACUUCUAAAUUGAAAAUGAACCUACCAGCGUAUAAGGAAUACUUCGAUGCGUGGUCGGAGGUAAAUGGGAAAACUCCAAGUUGUUACGAAGAAAUCGUUAACGAAAUUAUCUGGAACAACAAAUUUCUUUGUUAUGACAAAAAAUCGAUGUACAGAAGAGUUAUAGUAAACUUUGGCUUCGUAAAGAUAAGGGAUUUAAUUUCUGCGAAAAACUUCUUCUCGUGCGACUUCUUUUCACUUUCAAAGCCCGAACAAAGAUUUUUUCUUAUGAGUAUUAUCAAUUCGAUUCCCGCAGAAUGGCGCUCACUUAUUAAAGCAUCUACAAACGUAACAUCAGCCAGCCCCAUACUAAUGUAGUGCCAAUCCUUGAUAUCUCUCCUAAACAGAUCUACAUGUAUCAAAUCUUUCUGCGGCAAAUUAGCAAAUUGCGCCCACCGCAAAACAGAAAUUAUCAAACAAGUACUCAAAUACAGAAUAUUGAUUGGGAAAAGAUUUACACUUAAGCCUUUCAAUGCACUUUAGACACAAAAAUCAGGGAAAUUGUAUGAUCUUUACAAACGUGAAACUUAAUUUAAUUUGUGUAGUGGAAUCGCCAAACUGCACUUUCUGUCAAGAAGCAGCGGAAUCCGUCGAGCAUUUACUCUUCUCCUGCCAGAUAUCAAGUCUUCUGACUUUUGGAAACACGUGCUGUCCUGGCUAAGAGAUAGUGAUGUUCAUGUUGAGACAAUUAAUGAGUCAGAUGUGAUAUUUGGAAAAUUUGAUAUUGUAGAAGACUAUAUUCUAAUUGAUCAUAUUUUGUUAUUAAGUAAAUAUUAUAUCUACUGUAGGAAGUUUCAUAAUAACGUACCUUCAAUUAGAGGUUUAUUGCUAGGGCAAGACGUGUCUUCAAUAUCGAGCUCCAUAUCGCCAGGGAGAAAAAUAAACUUCUUUUUCAUUUUCAAAAGUGGGAGAAGCUAACUACCGCACUUAAUAGCAGUUGACGCACAGAGGUUCGUAAAAAUGCCACUCUCUUCCUUAGCAGGCAUCUUUACUGUUGUUGUAAUAUAUAGAGAGAGAGAUACUAUCUCUUAACGCAUCCCUAUAUUUACUGCCAGCUUUUAAUUUUAACGGUCAAUCGUUUAAGUUGCCUGAUGAGUGUGGUCCUACAAUUUCGGACCACACGAAACAGCACUGUCGCAAUAAACGAUCAAUGAUUACUCCUGAAGCCUGAACUCCUGUGAUUAUUAAUAGUCAAUGCUCUUCAAUUAAAUGAAUUGAGCGCUCUACGAAAUACGUUCUACCUAGAAUACAAGUAGUAUAUAUAUAUUUUUUUCUUUCCUUUUUUUUUCGUUGUUAUUGUUAUCCAUUUUCUUUUUUCUCCUAGGUUAGUAUUUAUUUAAGUGGAAUUGUAUAAUUUAAUUUAUUUAAUUGAUGUUUAUUCUUACAUAACAUUGUAAAACUUGUCCCUAAUUUAAUUCAAUAAAAACUAUUUGAAAAAAAAAAGAAAGAAAGAAACAACUUGCCACUACAGCGCGAAAACUAGUUUGUCUUCCAAACUUGGCAGAUGAGGUCUUGGUAUAGGACCGUAGACUGCUAGAAGAGCUACCAGCAACAAAAAUACGCUACCUGCUGCAACACCUCGCAAAAUGAGCAACUGGUCUUCUCUCACGCUAGCUUUCUUUACUGAAUCAGACGCCAUCUGCACUCAGAAAUGUUCGUAACAUCGAUCGUGUUUAUACUCACACAAACUUUGCGGAAAAUACGUUAAAGUCCGCCCACCAGAAAGACUCGACUAUGAUCAUGAUGGGCCCAUGUGAAGCGUUAAGUAUAUAAACGCUGGUAACCAAACAUUAAAAAGGUCCCCCUUUUUAUCACAGAAAGACAAACAAAAAACAAAUUAUCGACAUUGUCAGUAGUCGCCUUGAAAUCGGAUGUCACGCGAGGCGACAACGAUCACGCAAGUUGAUUUGUCGAACGUGCGUUUUUCAUUAAAACUCGACGGAACAAAGGUUAUUGCAAGAAAUAUCUCUGUUUAAAAUGUUUUGAACAAAUUGCGAUGCUUUGUCGGUCUUUUUCAAUUUCGUCCUACACUGCCAGUGUAAAAAUGUGAAGAAAUAUGUAAGGCCUCGCUACUACAGUAAAUGAGGUGAGUGCAAUACACGUGCACAUGUGCACUGUAGCCUCAGGAUGGCAGAUUUUGUAGCUGUGGUAGUCAGGACAACAAUAUUAAAUAUUUAGUUUUGAGGGAUGUAAUUGAUAAUAUAUAGAUUUAGCCAGGGCUAAAAGCGAAGCUCCCAUUAAUAAAUUUAUAUUUUAAAUCAAACAAUAAACUUGUAAUCCACAAAUCAGUUAACUUAAGGGCACAUUCAUGUGACUUUUGAGGGAAAGGAUAAUUCAAAGUAGACAGACUGCAAAUAAUCUUAGUUGAUAAAAAAUAUAUAUCUACGUGUCGCAACUGUUCAUCAGUAGGUUGCCUAAAAUGCGUGCAAUUCCACAAUUGGUUUCGGCUCCAUUAGAGUGAAACAUCUUACAUCGAGUUGAUAGCCUAAAUAUAUGUACACCCAAAAAAUAGCAAACAUCUUCUAUCACAUUCAACAGCCAUAAUGGCUCUUGAUCACAGUAGAUUAGGCCUCGAAAACAAAUUCUUGGAAAACAAAUCAGGCCGCAUUUUUUUGCUUUCGACAGGUUUACUUUACAAAUUCUUGCCAACAAAUCUCAGGCUGUGUAAACCAGCUUUUUAUACUUUUUAUACAUCACAUCUGAGGUGAAAAAGUACUUUUUAUCAUACAGACCUCGGACAGAAUACGGCAUUUCACAAUUUUUCAAUAUUCAGGGCCAUCAAUCGUGGGCAUUUAGCGAAACCGUUCUCAUAUUUAGUGCGAGCUGUCAGUGUGAUCGAGUGUUUGAAUGAACUUUAAUGGAGAUACGCUUCAACAUAAUGACGAAUUUAAUAUCAUUAUUUUUUGUUGUUUAAUGGUUCCAGUUAUAACGAUGUGUAAUCUUAUAAAGCGUUUGAUACGCGCGAUGUUCAUGAACGAUGAAAACAAACACCAUGGACAAGCGAUUAAAAUUGCAAGAGAGACUACUAACAAUCAAUAAAAGAAAUAUAAUUCGGUAAAACAUUUACAGAGACAACAAUUUUCAUUCACGAAGACAAGUAUUAAAGUGUCUCUAAAAAUCCUGAGUCUUAAAGCUUAAAGCUUAAGCUUAAGUUUAUAUUGUUUUACUUUCAGCCGGCCUCCCGGUGUUUGUUUUUUUUUCACAGAUGAACUCCUCGAAACAAGAAAAUCACUCAAAGUUUUCUUUCUACAGCCAAAUUUAUAACUAAAUAUUCUUCGGAACGUUUUUUUUUUCUAAAUGCCGUGAGAAAAUAUAUCUGAAGGCCUAUUAAAGUUCUGUAAGCUUAUAUCAAACCAGAUACUAGAUCAGAUCAUUGACUCAAAUCUCAACAAACGUGCAAAAACUUGCCGAAUUAACUGUGCUCGACUUCAUGAAAUUAGAUAUAACAAAAACAAACAUUAAAUACAAUAAUUACUCGGGCUUACCAUUCGAGAUUCAGUUCCUGAAAGAUGUCAUGGAAGGCCAUAGUUGCUUGAGACUUUUAAACCCUCUUACGCAUUAAGCAAAGUGAAAGACGAAAACGAUGCCAUCCGAAAUCGGAUUACCCAAUUUUGACAAGCGACGCAUUUCUCAAACAAAAACCAAUAAACAAACAAGCCAUGGAUAACAGAAGACUCUUGAUAGCAGCUGUAUUUCAUUUUGUACAUCCGGUGGAAAAAGACAGUUAAAAACAUCACAAGUUGACACAAAACUUUGUCAGCUUUUGCUGUCAAAGUAAACAACUUUCAAGAUGCUGCAUAAAUUUUCCGCAUGACUCACCUGUCAAAUUUUGACCAAUCAGAGUACAAAAAUUGGACGUAGAGCGUGACCAACGCGUGACCACGGCAAGAAAAGUCUUCCCCGCCUUUAUUUUUAAAAAAGUGGCUGAAUUUUCGCGUCCGAGGUCAGUUUGAAAUCAAAAACUUGACAGUGCGGGGCCAUAGUGACAUAAACACAACAUAUUUCAUAUGAAUCAUUGGAAAAAAAUAGACUUGAGCCUGCGAUCAUUUGAAACUGGUAAUUUGUCAGCGGAUAACUUCAAAAAAGUACUCGACCUCGAUGGGUCGACACUUGAGCCCACGGUACGGUCAGGUGAUACUGGUCAGCUGAUAUCCUGUUUUGACAGCUGUCAAUUGAUCACAACAUUGAUGUGCAAUUAGUUUUCUAUUGGGCUCCCAAACUAGCUAGAAAGUGUGAGAGUAAAAAUUGGUUUCCCUGUGGUGCGGACGGACGGUCGUACGGUCACGUGAUUACCAAAUUUUCUCGGAUGAGUAGAUUACCACAUUUCCUUAGCUAUGGGGCUCCGUCCACGCGCGCGCUUCGCGCGCGCGUGGAGCUCCGCUAAUAAUUAUUGUCAGUUCGUUUAUCAUGCUAGUGAAAAUGUUUGGAACAUCCUUGACAAGAAAGGAAUGACCUGCAAAAUUCAUAUUCUUUGCACUUUGAUACAGGUACAGAAUAUUUAAUCUGCUUUACAGACACUGUAACACCUGAGCCUGUAACACCUGAGUUUAAACAUCAUGUCACUGUAGCUGCUACUGUCUUUUUAUAGUGACCAAAAUCAAUUUUCUCCUAACCAAAUCAAUACAUAAUCAAACAAGAAGGUUAUGAGAGAUAAUAAAUGAUCACUCAAAGAAAAUGCGGUGAUCAUUAAACAAAUUCUCUCAACUAGUUCUGUAAGGAAAUGUAUGGAAUCAGACAAGAGAAUUUGUACGUGGAUAUUGCAACAUACCCUAAUCUCCCAGCUUCAGCUGAGAAGUGUCCACUCAGCUACCCUCCAGGGAUGUAUGUCAUGGUGGACAGUCCUGUGUUUGCAACCAGUGUUCCAUUGCAGAUCAUGCGCAGAAGCUGAAGCACUCUCACGUCAUGUGACUGGAGACCACCAUUAGGGACAGAUACAUUAGUCAGUCUUACUGGAACACCCAUUAUGGUGGUAAGAGUUGCACAGGUGCUGAGAAAUAUUCCACUCUGGUGUGAAAAAGAGAAAACAAAAACAACAUGUUGAAUACUUUUGCUAAAGAGAUUUUUUUUACAUUACUAUCAUAUAUGCAUAACUUUAGGCCCAGUUCAAAGGUUAAACUUUUCAUGUAUCGAACCUAAUCCCUUCAACUAAAUACAUGAGGAGAUCGACAUUUGAAUCAAUUACCGUAAGUUUAGGUCGACCCAUGAAUCAAAGCAUUAGUGGCACACAUGAGAAUUUUGACUGUGGAGUGACUUGGUUAAAACGUCAAGCUUCUUAUGUGCCAAACCUAAUGCAUAAAUUACUACAAUAUACAUUAGGUUCAAUUUUACAAUUUUAUCCUUUGUUUUACAAAUUUUACUUCCUUUUGUUUUAUACUCAUUAUCAUACAUUACGGCCCAUACCCCCACCCAAAUAAAAGGGUAAUAAAAGUUACACCAAUGAUAAAAUUGAACUUAUAUACUCUCCUAGUUUAAUAGGGUUUUCAAUUAAAAUAACUGAAAGAAACGUUUGACAUUGCAUUUAACACCAACAACAACUUAGCAAAACACUGUUACCUCUCUUGUCCCAUUCAUAUCAUUCUCUAACAUUUCAUCUGUCAGUCGCAGCAUCAUCUUCUCGCCAGCUUCUUUCUUCUUUACACUCCUCAUCCUUGAAUUCAAAUUACUAAGCACACUGUAUGCCUUGGUCAGUUCUGAAAAAUACAUAAAAUAUAUAUUACAUAAACAAAAAAAGCACAUCAGAGACUAAUGUUUUGUAGAACCCCUCAAAUAUCAUGCCUUUAAUAAUGCCCAAACAAUUUGCAUGAAACAAUCAGGAGUUAAGUUUUCCUUGUCCUGCAAUUUUAACCUCAAAUAGAGCUUUCCAAUAAUAAGACAUGUUUCCUUACGAUUAUUUGUAUACAAAGGGUGCAUUAUAAAUAGCCUGCAAGCAAACGAGAGAAAGGAGAGCUCCCUUCCUCGGCCUCUCACUCGCUUGUUCUCGCGUGGCUAGCUUCACUCGUUCUCGCAUGGCUCGCUUAGCUUGCCCAAAUAGGAGAGCUUGCUCACAGGCUACACUAUAAAUAAUAAAAUAAUAACAAAUAAUGUCUUUAACCUCUCAAGUCUUAAGAGUGACCAAUAUCAAUUUUCUCCCAACAACAUCAAUACAUCAAAAUUCCAUGAUCACCAACUGCUUUUAUCUGUUAUCAAAUUCUCUAAAUGAAUCCAUUAAAAAAAUGUAUUGAGAAAAGUGAUGGAAAUUUGUAUGUGGCUAUUGGGGCUGAAAGGGUUAACAAUGCUUUCUAUUAAACUAAAAGUGCAGAAAUGUCAAGAAAAACCCUGGUCUGGCACCUGCACACCUGUAAAUUAAACCCUCUUAGAGUUUUUCCCCUUAUAGGAAAUAAAAGGGUCAAAUUCCCAACAGAAGACAGUCCCUGAUUCGGAGACAGGGGGAUGUUUCUUUGGACCAAAGGUAUUGAAAUACAUUGCUACUGCUUCAGGAAUGACUCAUUAUACAUCUAUACAUGAUCUAUCACUCUAUACAUCACUGGGAGAGAGCAUGGUGGGCAAAAAACCUACCCCCAGUCCAUGAACUACCCCACGGACUACCCAUAUGGACUAAUCUAAAUUAUAACAUAACAAAAGUAAAUCGCGUGCUCUGAUUAGUCAGUUUGCCACUACCAUUUGCCUGUGGGUGCAUGCGAAGAAAUUGAGCUAGCACGGUAAAAUUUAGGCAAAUUCAACAAAUCUCCUGUCCUGACAGUAAAAUACGCCGAUGAAAUGCACAGAUGAAAAGUGGAAGUUGAAGAAAAUACUAAGCUGUCGUUUUGAAGGAAAAAAGACAAAAGAACAAGUGACAAAUUUGUCCUGGAUGAAUUAAUCACUGUUUUUCUCGCGGCUAGAAUCGGCUGAAGGAAAAUCGAGCGAUCAAAGAUUUAAGGUACAUUUUGGGUGUUUUUUAUAGAAGAGAAAGUCUGUUUGAAAUGUAAAUUUAUCAAUUAGCAUUGUGUUAUUGACUUUUUGGUCAAGCUGAUGCUAAAUUCAAGCAAAUAUUUUAGGAAACACUCAAAUUCGAGACAGCUUUGUUGUGAAGUUUUCAUCACAUCGAUGAAAAAUGUUAGUUGAGUUUAAACAGGCACAUUACGCUGGAAUAAGUGAAUUUCAUUUGAAUACAGAAACAUUUGGGUUUUCAAAUAAAUUUUUCAAAAAAUAACUUCUGUGUGUAUUAUUUUGUUCCUCAGUGUUCAUUCAUAACAGUGGUUCAGAGAAUGGUCGAAAAACAACAGCUUCAGCGCAGACUGUGUGUCGGCGAAUUUCAGUUGCAACUUUGACUUUCAUAGCUGGAUUUCCCCAGACAGUUUUCGAUAAAAAGCUAGUUAAUUUCUUUUUAAAAUUAGUGUUACCUGUUAUUCUAAAGGAAUUACAGUCAAAUUUUCUCAUUUCUACUUUACGUUUAUUUCAAAAAUUGUCACAUAAAUAAGCUUGAUAUUUAUUUCAUUUAUUUAGUUUUAGCUUAUUUUUUAGAGUCUUUUUAGUUGGUGUUUAUAGUUGCAGCUAAAGUUUUUCCCUCAAUAUUAAGAGCAAGCAGACAGAUGCCAUUCAGAAUAACAACGAAAAACAUUUUUCAAUUUACCGGAAGACGGAGAAGGGUUGAUUCAGCGAAAGAAAAACUCAAAGGCAAGUUGUUGAAAAACAUAGAACAUGAUUUGUUUACGUGCAGGCAGAUGGCAGCAUACAUGAACUCGUACCAAUGACUCAACCGAAGGCAAAUGGAAAAUAAUAUUUUUCUCUUUUGAUUAUGUUAUAAAAGAAAUGGUAAACGUUGCAGCGGUGCAACCAUGGAGUUAUGGAUGCACUUGGGAGGUUUGCUAAGCACUCAAGAAGCUAGAGUCGAACAAGGCAAUACGCUUAUUUCGUACUUAACAACCUCCCGCGUGCAUCCAUAACUCCAUGGCUGCACGCUGCACGUUUACUAUUUCUUAAAUGGAUUACACCACUGAGGAUUAGUGAUUUGGGUUAUGAAACUUAGUGAAUCAAGCUUCAUGUCAGUUUGUCCAAAUGAAACUUGAUUCACUCACUUUCCUAACCUUAAAUCACUAGACUUCAGUGGGGUAGUCGAUUUUAGGGUAAUCGAUAUGGGUAGUCCAUGGACUUGGGGUCAGUGUUUUGUCCACCACCAAGAGAAAGAGGGGUGCAGAUAAUUAUUAACUGUAAUGGUCCAAAAGACUACAAGGAGCGUCAUGCUACACAAAGCUCCUACCACGUGGGGUUCAUUAGCUUGUCUACGCCUUUACACAUCGACUAUAAAGAUACUUUGAAUGCUAACAAACCUGUGAACAUAUGCUGGGCUUCUUCGCUCUUGUUCACGUCUGGAUGAUAUUUCAGCAACAAUUCAUAAUACGCGGCUUUAAUUUCAGCCUGUGUGGCGGAGUGCGGCACAUCCAGGACAUCAUAAAGUGAUCGCUAGCCUGCUUAGCAAGCGUUUCCAAUCGAGUUAUUGCGCGAAAGUUAGAGCGGAAGCAAAAAAAAGGUCCCCCGUCAUUCUUUUUUUUUUUUUUUUUGCUCUUGUCCCAGCUUUCUACACGAAUCUCGCGAGGAAACGCUUGCUACGCAGGCUAAGUGAUCGCCGUUUGGAAAAUGUGCGGCGGUGAAGACAUCUUGCAGUGAUGGUUUUCACAGGACGAAAUGAAGAGAGGAACGAGAGUACAUGACGUCCGACGUUUUGUGCCUCAUUUACUGCAUAUUUUGUCCAGCAAGAGCCACACUUCAGUCCAUCGUGAGUGUUAAAUUUGUAGGGAACAUGGAUAAAAUCUUAGAAAAAUAAAGUUCAUCGACGAACUCGAAAGAAAUGAGGAAAAAUUACGAUAAGUUUCAUUACCAAAGGUCGUGAUGCAGCCGCCAUUAAUUAAAAACAUAAACUAAUACCCAGAUCUCCCGCUCAAAAUAUCAAGACAACUCUUUCCUAGUCUCGACUCACCUCUGCUUCAGGAUGAGGCCAUGAGGCUAAGCCAUUGGUGCUCUGGAAGGGUAAACGAAGCCGUCCAUAGAAUGAGACUCAACCUUACAAUCCACCUCGAUGUGACGAUCUGUUUAUCCUUGCAUGAGCCUCGCUUGUUCCAUUUCGGUGGGGUCAGACAACAUAGCAGGGAGCAUGCAAUGAAUAUAAUUAUGGACCUUACGAAACUUCGACGGCGAAGAACGGAGAACGUCAAAAAAACAAUAGGUUUAAUGAGCAAAAUAACAACUCUGCACGUGCAUCACGCUUUUUUGCACAUUUCUUUGCUGUCUCUGCACAACAACGAUGUGACAUGACCACACUUUAAGUUUACUUGAGUACGGGAACGACGAGGCGAUAAAUUCUACCAUCUCUGUCUGAACUUGGGCGCGGCCCCCACUCUUCAGCUCCAACCAAAAUUCCCUUCUUUUAAGUUACAGGGCGAAUUCGGAUAAUCGCAAAAACGUCUAAAAGGAUGCGAAGUCUAUUUUUCAGCAACGUCUUAAUGGACGUCUUCUGAGGACAACAGCCGACCGCAGAGGUAUCAUCUCUUACACAGUCGAAACGUCGCGAUAAAGAAAGGACGCUUAAUGUAUGAAAAAAUAAGAAUAAUAAUAAACAAAGCCUAGCAUACAGCAACCAUUUUCAAUGAUAAAACUUCAUGAUAUUAAUUGUGAUUUUAUAUGAUCUGAAUGGUUCGAUUUUACUGAUAAUUAAUUCACACAUUUAUGGCACUUUAAAGACUUUUUUUUUCCAAAUAAAAUAACUGGUGACUGAUUUGACUUAUAGUUUUGUUUUAUAAGUACGUUGAGGCUGCAAAGAGAAAAUGAAAAAAAGACAGCAACAGGAGCCCAUAACCCGGAGCGAGAAACUUCCAUGCGCUAGUGUCACGGCGUUUUUACGGAGCAGUUUACUUUGAGAACGGUUUUAGAGCGAAUUUUGAGUAGCUUCUAAAUAUCCAAACCAGUCAGCCAAACCUUCAGACCUAAAAUGAUUUAUAUAUUUUUUCCUUUUAAAAACGUUUAGUUUUCCUCUUUGAUAUCUUAUUCUUCGAAUGCUCUCCAUAGACAUGGUGGAGAUUCUAUGUUUGCGGGAAAAAGUGAGUCUAAAAAUAAACUGGUCCCUAACCAUUCAAGGUCACCCAGUGACUCAAACCAACGCGAAAAUGAGAACAGUCUGGAGCCCAUAGAGCGAGAUUUGCAAAACCUAGCCAGGACGUCUACUUCAUCGGCGACAACGCAUAAUUCACGCAAAGGGAAUUAAAUCGAAAUUAUCUUCGAAAUAGCCGACUGUGAAAAGGUCCAAGCGAGCUACUAACAGUCUUAACGACGAUCAAAUUAAGGAAAUGAUCUCCUGGGACAGUUAUUUUUCGCGGGAAAAGAUUAUCUAAAAAUAAACUCACUUGUAAAAACGCCGUUGCACGCAUUUAUGGCAGUUGAACGCUCCGGGUUAUGGGCUCCUGGAACAGUUAGUCUCCUCAGUCUCAGUCCCCCCAAAAAAAUUAAUUAAUGUAUCCCUUCUAAAGUCUGGCAAGAAGGAGUCGACGCAUCGAUGAGCAAACGUCUAAACAUCUAAGAGACCACUGUAAACAAGAGUUACACAGCAGCGAGCUCGCCAUUUUUCAAUGAAAAAUUUAAAACAAUGCUUACAACCCCUAAGAUGCGAGAAGAGGUGUUCAGUUACAUUGCUCUUUUCGCGAGUUAAGUUACGAAUCGACACGAGGCCGAAAAGGUUUCGAGCCAAGGACUUCCGGACCACUAAUUACUGAGUUCGUCUCAGUAAUGGAGGAGGGGUUGGGGGGAUCCUUUCAAAACUGUACGGGAGUCAAAAAUGAUUGUAACUUAGUGCGUUGUAUUGUAACAAAAAAUUCUUCUCCCCGUAGGAUUUUUGAGUAAUCUUAAUCCCAGCUCUGCCUAAAUAAUACCGAAAAAAACCUGCUGACAUUUUUUUCUGAACUAUGUCUGAUUGUAGGUUGUAGCAAGUGAUACGCUACAACAACUCCAGGUCAAGAUUAGCCUACGGGCAAGCUCUCCAUUUAGGGGUUACCGUGAAAAGUACACGCGCGAGUAGCGCGCGAGGGAAGACAAAUAUAUGGAGAGCUUGCUCGCAGGCUAGUGCAAGAUAGUUUUGCUUGAAUGUAGCGGUAUUUAUUGCUUUGCAAACAAAUAAAUACUUCGAUCAUAGAUUAAACAGAUAGAUUUUGUAGUCUGGGAGCCCAUCAUAAGCCAGAGAAUUGAACAUAAUAUGAUUAUUGACCAGCUGACUUGAAUUUCUUUUUAUAUCCUGCCUGGAAUAAAUCUCGUUCUUAAAUUUCUAGUACCUCACCCUUAUUUUAGGAGUACCCACCGGUUUUCUGAAAAUUCAGGCUGGCAUUUCCUGAGAGUGACUUAAAUAACUAGUAUUCAUUUCUAACUCAUCGAAUUACAUUGGAAUGAACUAGGGUGUCUAGAAUCAUGUCGCACAUUUGUUCUCAAGUUCAGUCGUUUUAUGGCCAAAAACCGCGGAUGAAACAGUGUUAAGCAAGGACAAGUUUACCAAAUACGCUUUGAGUAAUGUCAGAAUUACAGAAUUCUUUCUUCUUAUUACUGUAUGUUUAUUCACCCCAACAUGUCAAAGUAAGAACUGCAAGAUCAUGUUUUCUCAAAAAAUAGAUAACAUGCUCCUAAUUUGCUCAUUUUCGUUGUUUCUACAUAGAUGUGUCAAUAAAGAAACUAAUAACUCAUUGAAAUUGUCCACUUAGCCAAACGGGCGAGCUUGUGAAAAUAUUGAAGGUCGAGAAUUUGGGAUAAGUAUAGUCUUUAUGCCAACAUGACGUCUGUUUCCUCCUUCAUAUCAUCUGUAUCAUUAUCGCUACUAAAACGUUCCUUUAAUUUAGGUUUAUUCUGCAGUUCUUUCGGGCAUUCCUACAGAGGAAAUUGUUGACUUUUUGCGCAUUUUGUACAGUUAAUUGUUGCUUCAGAAUUCAGGCGAGGCUUCUCGGAUGUUUUGAUAAGGUCUUAACCUACCAUCAAAUUCUCGAAAUAAAUAAUAAUUAAGUGUAUAAUGUGAAGGGGUAUAAUAGGGUAGUUUGACAUCGUAAUUUUGAAAAACUGACAAGUAUGUUAAUGAUCAGCAGUACUGAAAUAGGAACCAUUAGCUAGAUAACACUUAUUUAAUCUAUUCAUUAUUGAAUAAAAUUUAACUUCCGCAUUUUUAAGGACUCAGUCUAAUUGCUCGAAUGCAUCUUUAACUGAGACCUUCGGUCACUGGCAAGCAAGUAACUAGAAAUACAUUUUCUCUUGCUUUACUCGGCUACAGAAAUAAGUCGUCGUCCAAAUAAAUUAGAGCCAGUGGGGCUCGGUCAAUAGUCUAGCUCUGUUUGACAUCUUACUUUGUCUCUUUUGUUCGACUGCUUUGUAAUCGGAAACAGCAUGACCUUUGGGGAGUACAAAAUGAUUCUCUCUUUUUGUUUCGGUUCCCUAAUAAGGUCUAAUUAAUGCAUAAAAACUGUUUUUGGCAUGUAUCAACACAAUUACGAUUAACCAAAAACUGUGAUACAGUGGAAUCUAGAUAUAACGAAGGGCAUGGCGACUUACAAAAUAUGUUCUUGGUUCGCCAUAUCGAGGCUUCUCCUCUUACAAAACCAUUUCAGCAGCUACAAAUAAGGGACAAAUUAUAGUGUUGAGACACUUCAAUAAAAUGGCUCCUUUUUUGCACAGUGGGCAUACCUAUCCCCUCCCCUUGUGUAUCCCCACCCAUCCCCAGAAUCAAUGUUGUAUUUAGACCUUCAUGUCUUUUGCUAAAAACAAACAACAUUGAGUGGGAGAUGGGGGGAUUUAGUUUACGUCGUUUAAACAGAACUAAAUGAUAAAUGAAUGAAAUCAUGGUUGAUAAAAGCGCGCGUGUUAGACAAGUAGAAAGUGUGCCAACUACAUUUGUCCCUAAUUGUACAUGUAGCCCCACUUAAAGGGGCUGUGUCACGGCAGUCCAGUUCAUUUUGUUUAAUUUUGCUAAUUACUCGCCCUCAAUCUCUAUGGAACUUAAAGUAAGCAAAGAAAUUACAUGUGUAAAUGACAAAAUCAGAGAUCCGUUACAAACAAAUAUUUAAACAGCAUUAUUUUUUAAGCUGCAAGCAGCAGGGAUCAACUAUGAAAAACUGUUAGGCUGAACAGUUUUCAAAAACCCUAAUUUCAAUCCGUUUCAGUCUUCUUUAGUUUUGCCCAUCCGUGGCAUCUGUUGUUUCUGUUAUCUUAUUUUAACCUUCCUAUAAAGUUUUAAGCGAUUAUUUUUAUAUUAUAAUAAUAAUAAUAAUAAUAAUAAUAAUAAUAAUAAUAAUAAUUUUAUUUAUAUAGCGCUAAAAUCCAAUAAUUGUCCAAAGCGCUACCUAAUUACAAAAUAGAAUAUAAAAAAUCUAAAUUAUAAGAUAUCUACAAUAUACAAUAUAAUUCAAAUAUAGCCUAAGUUACCUACUAUGUAAAUCAAAAACAUCUUAAAACAAAAGGAAUCUCAUAACCUAUAUGCUAACUUAAAUAAAAAAGUUUUAAGGGAUUGCUUAAAAGUUGCCACUGAAGCACAUUUCCUAAUCUCUAGAGGUAAAUCGUUUCACAAUUUAGGUCCUGCAAUAGAGAAAGCUCUGUCUCCAUAUGUUUUCAAUCUGCUUCUUGGAACCACUAAAUAUUCUUUACAUGAAGAACGCAAUGACCUAGAGUAUGUUUUAAAAUUCAAAAGGUCAGAAAUAUAAGAAGGUGCAAGGCCAUGAAGGGCCUUGUAUACCAAUAAAAGGACUUUAAAAGUUAUUCUAAACUCAACUGGUAACCAAUGAAGAUUAAUUAAAAUAGGAGUUAUAUGAACAUGCUUCGGUGUCAGCGUGACAACGGGCAUUUUGUAAUACCGUAUCCUAAUCUGGCUGAAUUUCGUGACACAGCUCCUUUAAUUUAACGGGCAUUUUGUAAUUUCCUAAUUUGGCUGAAUUUCGUGACACGGCUCCUUUAACUGCAUGGACACUUCCUGAGGGUUAUAUACAGGGAGUUUCUCUUGACUUACACAUUUUUUUCCGUUUCAGUGUAUUUGCUAUGAUUUUUUUGGCGAAGUUUUAUUGGUGUUUUUGUUGUUGCAGUACCAAAUGUUCCACCAGCUAAUGUCAAUGAAGUUCCAGCAAACAAUUCAAAAUGGCGCUAUAGCGAACUAUACAGUCACCUACAGAGAGUUGCCUAAUGGUAGUCCAACAGCAGAAGUGGUGAUUGCUCCAAAAAGAAAUGCUACAUUGACAGGUUUGAAAAAAUUUACCAACUACAGGAUCACGGUGUUUGCGUCUACUGCUAAAGGAGGUGGCAAUAGAAGUGAUCCCAUUAUUUUCAUUACAGACGAAGAUAGUAAGUACUAUUCUGCUCUUUAUUAA